CUGGGCCCUUCUGAGCAGUUAGAGCAUUCCCAGGCUCGCCUCGGGUGGAGGGAUAGCGAGGAGGGAAACAAAACUACAUGGACGUAACUGUGUAGUUUUGUUUAGAUCGGGGAGGAAUAUUUGGAAGCUCGACCGUUCUCAUCUUGGAAUUUUGUGGAAAAGCUUCUGGAUAAAGAGAAGGAAGCUCUACAGCUGGGGUCUGUCCCAUCAGUCCCAGGUACAAGCUGCCGACCAUCAUGUCAACGCAGGCACCAACGUUCACGCAGCCGCUCCAGAGCGUCGCGGCACUAGAGGGUAGUGCUGCGACGUUCGAGGCUCAAGUUAGUGGUUCUCCAGUUCCUGAGGUGAGCUGGUUCCGUGAUGGCCAGGUUCUUUCCGCUGCUGCUCUGCCCGGCGUUCAGAUCUCGUUCAGCGACGGCCGCGCUGUUCUGAGGAUCCCCGCUGUGACUGCCGCACACAGCGGAAGAUUUUCCAUCAGAGCCACCAAUGGUGCUGGACAAGCCACAAGCACAGCUGAGCUCCUGGUUACAGCGGAGACGGCGCCUCCGAACUUCCUUCAGAGACUGCAGAGCUCCACAGUGAGACAGGGCAGCCAGGUGAGGCUGGACAUCCGAGUCACAGGUAUUCCACCACCUGUGGUGAAGUUCUACAGGGAGGGAGCAGAGAUCCAGAGCUCUGCCGACUUCAGGAUCCUCCAGGAGGGAGACCUGUACAGUCUGCUCAUAGCUGAGGCCUUCCCAGAGGAUUCUGGGACGUAUUCUGUGACCGCCACUAACAGCAGCGGACGGGCCACAUCCACUGCUGAGCUGCUGGUUCAGGGUGAAGAAGCUGUUCCAGCAAAGAAAACCAAGACAGUGAUUUCAACCUCUCAGAUUUCACAAACUCGUCAAACCCGAGUGGAGAAGAGGAUGGAGGCCAGUUUCCAGGCCACCGCCAUGAUGGAGAUGCAGGGAGAGGGCGCCGAGGUGACACAUCAGCUGGCUCACAAGACUCCUCCCCGAGUCCCUCCCAAACCCAUGUCCAAGUCCCCGACCCAGCCCUCGCUGGUCGCCAAGGUGACAGGAGGACGCCAGCAAUCCCCAUCACCUGUCAGACAUGUUAAGGCGCCAACGCCCACACCAGUCAGGCCUGCUUCUCCCACUUCAAGACUCUCAGUCUCCCCCAUCAGGCCAGUCAAGUCCCCCAUCACCACACGAAGACAGGGGGCCGCCGGCGCCGACGUCUUGCCACCAUGGAAGCAGGGAGACUACGUGGCUGAGGCCAGCUUCACCAGCAUGACCAGUUCGACCACCAUCACCCAGCUGGGUCAGGAGCAGCACUGGGAACAGGUCGUCGGGGUCAAAGAGGCUGUGGGGGGGCAAAGAGCUGGAGCGGUGGCCACAGUGAUGGCCGCCGUCGACCUGGCUCGUGUCCGUCAGCCCGUGGAGGGUGGUGGAGCUGAAGAGGCAGAGUUAAGGCAGCAGGUCGCUGCUGACCAACAGUAUGGAGGCGGCUGGACAACAAGAGAACAGAUGCUAACUGCUCAGUUUACACCUGAACCGGCCCUGCCUCAGAUUCAGAAAGCGACAGAAAUCCACGUGGACACUGGUCUGGUCUCGUCUCCAGUUCCACAUUUCACAGUUUCUAAAGUUUCUGUCCCAAAACCUGAGUCUAGCUCUGAGGUUUCCAUCGCCGGCUCCGCUAUCGCUACUCUGCAGAGAGAGUUAUCUUCAUCCUCUGCCGCCACUCGAAAGAUCAUCAAGCCCGUCAAGUCUGCCAGUCCAUCUCGGAGAGUGCAUGAGACCAGAGGGACGCCAGAGCCCACACCUCCGCCGUUCAAAGAUUUCCCCGACACAUAUCAGAGUCAUUAUGGCGCAGAGAUACAGACGGGGGUGGUGUGUUCGGGGGGCAUGGAGAGAAUGUAUGAAGACUGGGGAACCCAGGUGGUGGAGGCAGCAGCCGUACCUUCUGCAGGUGGCGCCGUGGUUCCACCCACACUGGUGUCUGGCUUGAAAAACACAAACGUGACAGAGGGUGAGUCCUUGACCCUGGAGUGUCAGAUCAGCGGUCAACCUGCUCCUGCCAUCAUGUGGUUCAGAGAGGACUACAAGAUCGAGAGCUCCAUCGAUUUCCAGAUCAGCUAUGAGAGUGGAUUCGCCCGGCUGGUGAUCCGUGAAGCGUUCGCUGAAGACAGCGGCCGCUUCACCUGCACCGCCACCAGCGAGGCGGGAACAGUCAGCACCUCCUGCUACCUGCUCGUCCAAGUGUCCGAGGACAUCGAGAGCAGGGAGGAGAUGGCUGUCAUCACCGAACAUGUUGAAACUGCUCAGGAGAAACUUGUAACCGAAGAAGCCAAAGAGGAAACCAUGUCUCAGGUGAGCAUGGCAGAGUCAGAUAGUGCUGCCGCAGCUCCCUUCUUCAUGGAGAAACCCAGCGUUCAGAAGCUGGUGGAGGGAGGAAGCGUCCUAUUUGUAUGUCAGGUGGGCGGAAGCCCCAAGCCACACAUCAUCUGGAAGAAGAGCGGCGUACCGCUCACUACCGGAUACAGAUACAAAGUCGCCUACAAGAAGGAGACAGGAGAGUGCAGGUUGGAGAUCUCCAUGACUUUCGCAGAUGAUGCCGGAGAAUAUUCUGUGUUUGCGAAGAAUCAGCUCGGAGAAGUCUCAGCCUCAGCCAACCUGCUGGAGGAAGAUGAAUACGAAGCCUACAUAAAGAAACAGGAAGAAACCUUUAAGACUGAAGUGACCACAGUGGUGCAGGAGCCCAAAGUGGGAGACAUCCCCCCCGUUGUUGUUACGACAAUGGAGAAGAUAACCACCACCAUUAUCUCAGGACAGGAAUUUCACCUUUCUGCCAUCGAGCAGAGGAUAAUCCAGGAGAUCGAGCUCCACAUCAUGAAUAUCACCUACAGAGAGAUUGUGACAGAGGACGGAGAGUUGAUGGUCACCGCCACCCCCACAGAUGCCGUGCAGCCGGGCUUCGACACUCAGGUCAAAAACUACAGGAUCAUUGACGGAAUGGGCGUCACUUUCCACUGCAAAACAGCUGGAACGCCACUCCCCAAGAUCGUUUGGUACAAAGACGGCCAGCGCAUCAGGCCUGGGGGCCGUUACCAGAUGGAGGUUCUUCAGGAUGGGCGAGCCAGCCUGCGCCUGCCAGUGGUGCUGCCUGAGGAUGAGGGCGUGUACACCGCCUUCGCCACCAACAUGAAGGGAAAUGCCGUCAGCUCUGGGAAACUCUAUGUGGAGCCGUCCGGAGCUGUAACACCUCAGAGAUACACACCACAGCCGGCAAUGCAGAGGAUCAGGUCCACCUCUCCUCGCUCUAUGAGCCGCUCACCUGGUCGCUCUCCCAGCCGUUCUCCCGCCCGCCGUCUCGAUGAGACAGAUGAGGCUCAACUGGAAAGACUCUACAAACCUGUGUUUGUUGUGAAACCGACCUCAUGUAAAUGCUCUGAGGGACAAACUGCCAGAUUUGACUUGAAGGUUGUUGGCAGGCCCAUGCCCGACACCUACUGGUUCCACAAUGGACAACAAGUGGUUAGUGACUACACCCACAAGAUCGUAGUCAAAGAAGACGGUAUCCAGUCCCUGAUCAUUGUCCCUGCCAUGCCACAAGAUUCUGGAGAAUGGACAGUCAUCGCUCAGAACAGAGCUGGACGCUCGUCCCUCUCCGUCACUCUCACUGUCGAUGCUAAAGAAACGUUGGUGCGACCUCAGUUCACCGACAAGCUGAAGAACAUCAGUGUCAAACAGGGCACUCUGGUGGAGCUGGCUGUUAGAGCCAUGGGAAACCCUCUGCCUGAUAUUGUCUGGCUGAAAAACAGUGACAUCAUCUCACCACACAAGCACCCCAACAUCAGGAUUGAAGGAGCCAGAGGAGAGGCCAAAUUUCAAAUUCCCUCAGCCGUUGGCUCAGACAGCGCCUGGUACACAGCUACAGCCAUCAACAAGGCUGGUAGAGACACCACUCGCUGCAGAGUCAAUGUGGAGGUGGACUAUGCUGAACCUGAACCAGAGAGAAAACUUAUUAUUCCCAAAGGAACGUACAAGGCUAAGGACAUUGCUCCUCCGGAGUUGGAGCCCCUUCAUCUGCGAUAUGGUCAGGAGCAGUGGGAGGAGGGCGACCUUUACGACAAAGAGAAGCAGCAGAAACCACUGUUCAAGAAAAAGCUGACCUCUAUCAGAAUGAAGCGUUUCGGUCCUGCUCAUUUUGAGUGCAGACUGACCCCUAUUGGUGACCCCAUCAUGGUAGUGGAGUGGCUGCACGAUGGCAAACCCCUGGCUGCUGCUAACAGGUUACGCAUGGUCAAUGAGUUUGGCUACUGCAGCCUUGACUAUGAAGCUGCUUACGCUAGAGACAGUGGUGUCGUCACUUGCAGAGCCACAAACAAGUUCGGAGUCGACCAGACCUCGGCCACCCUGAUUGUCAAGGAUGAGAAGGGUCUUGUUGAGGAAAGUCAGCUUCCUGAAGGCAGGAAGGGAGCUUUCAGAAUGGAUGAGAUGGAGCGCCAAGCUCAUCAGGGAGGACCCUAUGGAGUUAGUGCUGACGACGAAUAUGAAAAGUCCAAACCUGAAAUUGUUCUCGUUCCUGAACCAGCCAGAGUGCUUGAAGGCGACAUUGCUCGAUUCCGUUGCAGGGUGACCGGUUAUCCAGCACCCAAAGUUAACUGGUACCUCAAUGGACAACUUAUCCGCAAAAGCAAGCGAUACAGACUUCGUUAUGAUGGUAUUUACUAUUUGGAGAUCACUGAAAUCAAGUCCUAUGACUCAGGAGAGGUCAGGGUGGUGGCAGACAACAACCUGGGCUCAGCCGAGCACACAGUAAAGCUGGAGAUUCAGCAGAAAGAGGACUUUAGAACACAUCUGCGUCGUGCUCCUGAGGCGAAGGCAGCCGAGGCUGCACCUGAACCGGGAAAAACACAAUUCGAGGUGGUGAAGGCUGAGAAACCUGCAGAGGACUCUCAGGUGAAAGAGGUGGUCAAGCUCAAGAAAGCCCAGAGAAUCGUCCAUGAGAAAUCCACGGAGGAGUCAGAGGAGCUGAGGGGUAAGUUUAAGCGUAGGACAGAGGAAGGCUAUUACGAGUCCAUCACCGCGGUGGAGCUCAAGGCACGUAAGAAGGAUGAAAGCUAUGAGGAUCUGCUGAAGAAAACAAAGGACGAUCUGCUUCACCGCGCCAAGAAGAAGGAGGAGGCCGAGAAGAAGAAGGAGGAGGAGCGCCGCAAAGUUACAGCCAAAUCUCUAAAACCAGAGAGAGUCAAGCUCUCAGUCAGUAUGGAAGCUCCUAAGAUCCUAGAACGAAUCACAAGCCAGACCGUAGCACAAGGUGAAGAAGUUAAGUUCCGAGUCAGAGUCGUGGGCAGACCAGAACCUGAGUGCCAGUGGUUCAAGAACGGUGUUCAGCUGGAGAAGUCUGAUCGUAUUUACUGGUACUGGCCUGAGGAUCAUGUGUGUGAACUGGUGGUCAGAGACGUCAGAGCAGAGGAUUCUGCCAGCGUCAUGGUUAAAGCUUCAAACACUGCAGGAGAGACUUCAAGCCACGCUUUCCUGCUGGUGCAAGCAAAGCAAGUCAUCACAUUUACACAGAAACUGGAGGAAAUUAGUGCCAAGGAGAAGGACACCAUGGCAACCUUUGAAUGUGAGACCAACGAGCCAUUCUUCAAGGUCAAAUGGAUGAAGAAUAAUGUGGAGAUCUUCUCUGGAGACAAGUACAGGAUGCACUCUGACAGAAAGGUUCACUUCCUGUCUGUGCUGACGAUCGACAUGAGGGACGAUGCAGAAUAUUCCUGUGUUGUUAUUGACGAAGACGUCAGGACGACUGCAAAGCUUAACGUGGAAGGAGCCCCUCUGGAGAUCUUGAAGCAACUCGAGAGUACAGAGGUGCCGGAGACAUACUCCGGAGAGUUUGAGUGUCUCGUGUCACGCGAGGAUGUGGAAGGAAGCUGGUUUUUCGGACAAAAGCUGUUGUCUCCCGGAAGUAAAUACGUCAUGUCCUCCCGUCGUGGAAGACACACCCUGUCUGUCAAAGACGUCAAGAAGGAGGACCAAGGAACUUAUUCCUUCAAAGUGAGGGAGUUCAAGACGAGCGCCUCACUCAAGAUGAAAUUGCGCCCAGUGACCCUCAUGCAGCCUUUGACUGACCUGACGGUCUGCGAGGGCGACAUUGCACAGAUGGAGGUCAAGUUCUCCCAGGAGAAUGUUGAAGGAACCUGGAUGAAGAACGGGCAGCCUGUCACAGCCUCAAACCGAGUCCACAUUGUUAUCGACAGACAGACCCACAGACUCUUGUUUGAAGACACCAACAAGAGCGACUUUGGAACAUACUCCUUCGUUGUUCCCGCUCAGGAGAUCUCAACCUCUGCAAAGCUGAUCAUUCAGACUAUCGGAGUGCUGAUACCACUAAAGGACACAAAUGCCAUUGAGGGCACCAAAGCCGUUCUGGAGGCCAAGAUCUCCGCUCAGGACAUCAGCUCAGUCAAAUGGUUCCACAACGACAAACUGCUGACACCCAGCGGCCGAAUCCAGAUGGUGGCGAAAGGAGCCAAGCAGCGUCUGGUCAUCAACAGGACGUACGCUUCUGAUGAAGGACACUACAAACUGGUGGUUGGCCGAGCUGAUACCAGCUGCAGAUUUACUGUUCAGACUGUCCAGAUUGUGACCCCGAUGAAAAACAAGGAAUGCUCCGAGUCUGAGAACGUCAUCUUCGAGGUCGAGGUAUCUCACCCGGGUAUAGAUGCCUUCUGGACCUUCAAGAGGCAGCCACUCAAAGCAGGCGCCAAUUACAAGAUGGAAUCCAAAAACAAGCGCCACACCCUGACUGUCAUGAAUGCCAUGAAGGACGAGGAGGGCGAGUACAUGUUUGCAGCCGGUGAGAAGAUGUGCAGUGCCUCUCUCACUGUGACAGGUGGCGCUAUCAAGAAGCCUCUACGUGAUCUGGUGGUGGCUGACUCCCAGACUGCCGUGCUGGAGUGUGAGGUCGCCAACCCUGCUGCUGAGGGCAAGUGGCUGAAAGACGGCCAGUCCGUUGACUUCAACGAGAACGUUGAGAGCGAGGUGAAUGGCACUGUCCGACGCCUCGUCAUCAUCAUCACCAAAGCAACCGACAUCGGAGAGUACACCUAUCAGGUCGCCACCUCCAAGACCUCCGCCACCCUGAAAGUUGAGGCUGUGAAGGUAAAGAAGACCCUGAAGAACCAGAACGUGGUCCAGACUCAAGACGCUAUUUUCAUCCUGGAGCUCACCCACGAAGAUGUGAGGGGAGCACAGUGGAUCAAGAACGGUGUUGAGAUCAAGCCCAGCAACAAAUACGAGAUCAGUAUCGAAGGCACCGUCCACACCCUGAAGAUCAAUAACUGCACCACACACGAUGAGUCUGUUUACUCCUUUAAACUGGGAAAACUGUCUGCAAAUGCCAGACUGAACGUUGAAUCAAUAAAGAUCCUAAAGAAGCCAAAGGAUGUGACUUCCCUGUUGGGUGCGAGCGCUAUAUUCGAGGUCGGCAUCUCCGAGGAUGACAUUCCGGUCAAAUGGAUGUUCAACAAAAUGGAGCUGAGGCCGAACGAGCACUAUGGGAUGCUCUCUGAGAAGAAGACACACAAACUGAUUGUCCACGAUGUUGACAACAGCAAAGAGGGAGAGUACACCGCCGUGGUUGGACACAUGCAGUGCAGCGCGCGCCUCAUCGUCGAGUCUCUGAAAGUCACCAAACCCAUGAAGAGCGUGGAGGUGCCAGAGACUCAGGUGGCCACGUUCGAGUGUGAGGUUUCUCACUUCAACGUCCCGUCCACGUGGCUGAAGGGCGGUGUGGAGAUCGAGAUGAGCGAGAAGUUCAGGAUCGUGGUUCAAGGGAAACUUCACCAGCUGAAGAUCAUGAACACCAGCAGGGACGACUCUGCAGAGUACACCUUCAUCUGUGGCAACGAUCGAGUCUCCGCCACGCUCACCGUCAGCCCGAUUGUGAUCGCGACGAUGUUGCAGAACCUGAACGCUCAGGAGAAAGACUCUGUCACAUUUGAAGUAAACAUUAACUACGAGGAAAUUGCGUACAAAUGGCUGAAGAACGGUGUGGAGAUCCGGUCCACAGACAGAUGCCAGGCUCGUUGUCGACAGCUCACGCACACUCUGUGCAUCAGGAACGUCCAUUUUGGAGACAGUGCUGAAUACACCUUCAUGGCUGGUUCUGCAGUGACCACAGCCAAACUUUAUGUUGAGGCUCGUGUGGUUGAGUUCACCAAACAUCUGAAGGACCUAAAGAUCACAGAGAAGAAGAGGGCGACGUUUGAAUGUGAACUUUCUGAACCAAACAUCCAGGUGAUGUGGAUGAAAGACAGUCAGGAGCUGGAGAUGUCUGACAGAUAUAAAAUGACCUCAGAUAAGUUCCUGCACCGUCUGGUUCUGCCGUCAGUCCGCCUGUCUGACGCCGGAGAAUACACCGCCGUGGCAGGAUCCAGUAUGUCCAAGGGGCACCUGGUGGUUGAGGGACGAGAUGUCAAAAUCUCCGAGCCUGCGAGCAGAAACAUCACAGUGAUUGAGAAACUCCGAGCGACCUUUGAGUUCGAGGUGAAUGAGGACGAUGUGGACGGUCGCUGGAUGAGGAACGGUGUGGAGAUCCAGUUCUCAGUGGAGGAGAGGUUCAGCUACGCCACCAUCAGGAGGCUGCACCGCCUCACCAUCGCUGAGACGUAUAGGAGCGACGCCGGCGAGUACACCUUCUUAGCCGGGAAAAACAAGAGCACCAUGAACCUCCACGUCAAACUGCCGGAGCCUCCGGCGAUCGUCCGCCACGUGCAGCCCCAGACCGUGAUGUCCGGUAGAUCGGUUCGCUUCUCGGUGCAGGUGAGCGGCCUCCCUGCGCCUCAGGUGUCCUGGUACAAGGACUCUCAGGCUCUGUCAAUCAGCGAAAACUGCAAGUUCCUCCAUGACGGAGACGAGCACACGCUGCUGCUGCUGGAAGUUUUCCCCCAGGACGCCACGCCCUACAGCUGCGAGGCCAGGAACGACUAUGGAGAGGCCACGAGCUCGGCUCUUCUCACUGUUGAAGUUCCUGAGGUGACGGAGACGGUGGCUCGGGUCUCAGCUCCGGUCCUCAUCACUCCCUUGAGACACGUCCUGGUCACUGAGGGACACUCUGCCCAGUUCCAGUGCACUGUGUCUGGGGAAGAUCUGCAGAUUUCAUGGUUCUGUAACAACAGAGAGCUCAGACACUCAGACAUCUUCAGGAUGUCUCAUUAUGGCGACACCUGCCAGUUGGACAUUUCCAGAGUUCUCCACGACCACGAAGGAAAGUACUCAUGUGUCGCCACAAACUCUACAGGAAUGGUCACAUGUGAGGCAUCUUUGAAUAUCGAUGUCACUGCAGUGGAGAAGGAACCUGUGAUUCAGGUCGUGGAGGAAAUAAAAGUGAAACCUGUGUUCAGACACAGAAUCGUCCCUGUGGAGAUCAACAUUGGCAACACCGCCAAGUUUGAAUGUGAAACUGAAGACGCUCCGAAUGUGAGCUUCAAGUGGUUCAAGGAUGGAAACCCCAUCAAAGAGGGGGAUAAGUACAGGAUCAUCAGUCGCUUCAGCAUUUCCUCGCUGGAGCUUCUGACACCAACCAAGGAUGACAGCGGUGAAUACACCUGCAAGGCGUCCAACCAGCACGGCAGCGACGAGUGCUCUGCCUCCCUCAGCGUGACAGAACAAUGUCCUCCUGCCUUUAUAACUAAGCCUGAGCCUCAGACUGUGUUUGUUGGUAAGAGGGCAGUGAUACAGUGUGUUAUAUCAGGAUCUGCUCCUCUCAAUGUCGUCUGGCUCAAAGACCAGCAGGUCUUACCCGAAGUGCUGACACACUUCCAUACCUCUUGUGAAAAGAACAAACACACUCUUGAGAUAACCGUCCUGGAGGCAGCCGACAGGGGGCACUAUGUUUGCAAAGUGUCCAAUAAUGUUGGGACGGAUGAGAGCGGCAUGGAGCUGCAUGUCAUUGAUAAACCCACCUUUGUGACACCCCUGGUUCCUGUCGCUGCCGUGGUCGGUGCUCCUCUGCACCUGGAGUGUCAGGUGGACGAGGACACUGGAGUCAGUGUCACAUGGACCAGAGAUGGUAGAAAAGUCCACCAGUCUCCAGACUGUAAACUGACUUUUGAGGAUAAGACUGUCACACUUGAUAUCCUAAAGACCACACUGAAAGAUUGUGGACAGUAUAUGUGCACGGUGACAAAUGAAGCUGGGAGUGCAAUUUGCUCCACUGUGGUGAAGGUACAAGAGCCGCCUGUCUUUGUUAAGAGGCUGGAGGCCUCCACGGUGUGGAAGCAGGGCGGCACUGCUCGGCUGCAGUGCUCCGUCAAAGGAUCGCCUGAACUUCACACCAGCUGGUUCUUUAAUAACAGCGAGCUGUGUGCUGGCAGCAGACAUGGCGUCAGUCUAAAAGAUGGCGUGGCCACUCUUGAAAUUAAGGACGUCAUGUUGACUGACGGUGGAAACUACACCUGUGAGGUUCUCAAUGAGUCCGGGUGUGAAAGUUGCAGCACUAAAGUGACAGUGAAAGAGCCGCCAUUGUUCAAACAGGAGCUGCUGUGUGUAGAGGCGGUCAGAGGAUCUGUGGCAGUGUUGCAGUGUGAAAUAUCUGGCUCUGCACCGUUUGAGGUGUCGUGGAGAAAGAAUAAGAAAUGUCUGUCAUCAGAUAAGAAGUACAGGAUAGUGUCUCAGGGAUUCCUGAGCUCUUUGGAGAUCCACUCGUUUGAAAGCGCGGACACUGGUGAAUAUGAAUGUGUCGUCUCCAAUGUGGUUGGGUCUGUGAGCUCAAAGUCCACAACUAAACAGAAAGAGCCACCUAUGUUUUCAAAGAGGUUUGAGAGCGCCACAGCAGUUUUGGGAAAUACAGUGAAACUACAGGGAACCAUUAAGGGCUCCGCUCCCAUCACUGUUAAAUGGAUGAAAGACUCUGAGCUGCUCAGAGACGAAGACCCAAAUGUCCAGAUGAAGUUCGAACAUAACGUCGUUAGCAUCGCCUUCUCCUGUGUCGAGAUCAAACAUGGUGGCAAGUACACUUGCCUCGCCGAGAAUGAGGCAGGGCAGCAGAAAUGUGAAGCAAUCUUAACAGUUCAAGAACCUGCCAGGAUCGUAGAGAAGGCAGCGUCCAUCAGUGUGACCGCAGGAGAUUCAGCCACACUCAGCUGCACGCUCUCUGGAAGCCCAGAGCUCAGAGUGAAGUGGUUUAAAGACGGGAAGGAGAUGAUCAGUGGCCGUAAAUAUAAGAUGACGAUGAAGGAGAACACGGCCAUCUUAAAGAUCCUCUCCGCAGAUAAAGGAGACACCUCAGAGUACAAGAUGGAGGUGUCCAAUAAAGUGGGAAAAGACCAGUGCAGCUGCUCGGUCACUAUUAUAGAUCGAGCCGUUCCACCGUCCUUCACCAAAAGUCUAAAGAAAGUGGACGGAAGUGUUGGUAGUCAGGUUUCGUUGGAGUGCAGAGUUUCUGGAUCUCAGCCAAUGGUUGUUUCUUGGUUCAAAGACAAUAAAGAAAUCCACAGUGAUGAGAAAUAUAAGGUUGAUUUGAGCGAGAGCUUGGUGUCUGUGACGAUCACUGACCUGUAUCAGAACGAUGGUGGAGUUUACACCUGCCGAGCCUCCAACGCUGCCGGGCAGGAAGAAACCAGCGGCACUCUGUGCAUCAGAGAACCUCCGGCCUUCACAUUGAAACCUGAAUCUCAGAAUGCUUCACCUGGAUCGAACAUUGUCAUAAAAUCCGCAUUCACAGGAACAGCUCCUCUGGUGGUGAAGUGGUUCACAGAGGAGAAAGAGAUUUUCACUGGAGGAAAAUGUUUCAUAAAGAAAGAUGCUUCUUCAAGCUCAUUGGCGCUUCACUCAGUGAAACCCAGUGAUUCUGCUAAAUACACAUGUCAAGUAUCCAACGACGCCGGAAAGGUGGACUGCACCGCGGUGCUGUUUGUGAAAGAAGCACCAACAUUUACAAUGAAGCCAGAGCCGUCACAGCUGCUCAGAACUGGACAGCCUCUGAGGUUGUCCUGUAAAGCUCAGGGCAGUCCUGUGAUUGUCAUCACAUGGUUUAAAAAUGGCUCAGAGAUGGUUUCAGACCCCAGACACACCAUGACCUCUGACAGCUCCAUAGCGACUCUGGAGGUAGAGAGCUGUUGUGUAGAGGACAGUGGAGAUUAUGUGUGUGUGGCGUCCAGCGAUGCUGGUUCAGACCAGUGCAGCAGCUCAGUGACAGUGAAAGAACCUCCAGUGUUUAUGAGGCCGUUUGAAUCGGCUGAGCUUGUGAAGGGAUCUGAUAUCGUCCUGGAAGGAACCAUUUCAGGUUCUGCUCCGUUUGAAAUCAGUUGUUUCCUCAAUGAUGCGUUGAUCAGAAACGACAAAAGACACAAAGUCAGCAUCGAAAAUGACACAGUCACUGUUGACAUCUCAAACUGUGUGAGCGGAGACGCUGGAACAUAUCGGUGCACGGUGACCACUGAUGUUGGGGAGACAUCGUGUUCUUGCCAGAUUUCACUGAAAGAACCACCGUCAUUUGUUCAGAGACUGGACAACAUGUCCUGCACAGUGGGCUCUGACAUUUCUCUGAGGUGCAUGUUGUCUGGAUCACUGCCCAUGUCUUUCUCCUGGAUCAAGGACGAUUAUGAGCUCACACAAGACGAGCAUGUUCACAUGUCCUUUGAAACAAAAAGUGCCAUGUUGAAUUUGAAAAAUGCUCAGUUGUCACAUGGUGGAAAAUAUGUGUGUGAGGCCCAGAACAAAGCCGGGACUCAGAGAUGUGCUGCUGUUCUCAUAGUCACAGAACCUCCUCAGUUUGUCCUUAAACUGCCUCCUACUACCUUUGUGAAGCAGUGCGAGGGACACCGUUUCGAAUGCAAGGCCACCGGCUCACGCUCCCUAAACAUGACUUGGUAUAAAAACGACCAAAAGAUAACCGACGGAGGCAACUAUGAAAUAAUGUUUGUUGACUCGGCUGCGUACCUCCAACUGCGCACCACAAGGUUGGAGGAUAACGGAGUCUACACCUGUGAGGCUCACAAUGAUGCUGGCAGUGCAAGCUGCAGCAGUGUCCUCACAGUUCAAGAGUCCCCAUCCUUUAUCAAAACUCCAAACCCAGUGGAGGGCAUUGAAGGGAAAGAGGCCAGCCUACAUUGUGAGAUGAAUGGCACUCCACCUUUCCAGGUUAGCUGGUACAAAAACAAAAGGCCGCUAAAGGAGAGUAGGAAAUAUAAGAUGGUGAGUGAAGGCGGCUCUGCCACGCUUCACAUUCUGAAACUGGACCAAGACGACGCUGAUCUUUAUGAGUGCAGGGUGUCCAACAGUGUAGGAAGUGAAUCCUGCAGCACGACCAUUACUCUUAAAGAACAACCGGCGUUUGUCACAAAGCUGGUCGACCAAUCAGUGAGGGUCGGAGAGCAGCUGACUCUCACAGCUACAGUAAAAGGCUCUGAGCCUCUGACUGUGUCCUGGGUUCAGGAUAAAGAUCACAUUCUCAGAGACGGCGACAACAGGAAGAUCAUGUUUGAGAACAAUGUGGUAACGCUUGUCGUUCCCACGUGUGACUCAACCACGGCUGGUAAAUACACCUGCCAGCUGAACAAUGACUCUGGAGUGGUGAUGUCUGUCUCCCAAGUGGCCGUUUUAGAACCUGCUGCUAUUGUGGAUAGUCCAGACUCCAUCAACGUGAAGUCAGGGGAAAACGCAGCUCUUGAGGUCAGAGUAUCUGGCUCUGCAGAGCUGAAAAUUAAGUGGUUCAAGGAUGACAAAGACCUCUCUGCUGGUGCCAAGUAUCAGAUGUCCUUCACAAAGAAGGUUGCCACCCUAAAGAUUCGGUCUACUGACAAAGCAGAUGCUGGAGAAUACAAAUUAGAGGUCACAAACCACAUUGGUUCAGCCUCUUGCAAAACUAAACUUUCUGUCUCAGAUAAGUUGAUUCCUCCAAGUUUUAUAAGGAAGCUGAGAGACACCCACCUUGUUGUGGGUAAGCCUGGUGAGAUGGAGUGUAAAGUUACUGGUUCUUCACCUUUAACAACUUCCUGGUUCCACAAUGGCCAGGAGAUCAAGACUGGUCCGAACUACGACAUUAGUUGCUUUGAUAAUAACUGCAAACUGAUAGUUCCGAUUAUCAGGAUGUCAGAUUCCGGCAAAUACACCUGCAAAGCUGUAAACGCUGCAGGAACCAGUGAGACAAGCACUUCAAUGAGUGUGACAGAACCUCCAUCUUUUGUGGAAAAACCUGAGGCGAAGGAAAUGUUGGCUGGCAAAAAUGUGUCUUUGUCAGCUAAAGUGCGAGGCAGUGCCCCGCUGAAAGUGAAAUGGUUCAGAGGAGCCAAGGAAAUUCAGCAUGGAAGAGGCUGUGAGAUUUCCCUGAAGAACGAUGUCGCCACUUUGGUUCUUCACAAAGUGGAAAAGUCCCACGCUGGAGAAUACACCUGCCAGAUCAUAAACGAUGCUGGGAAGGAAAGCUGCCCAGUUUACCUGUUUGUCAAAGAACCAGUCCACUUUGUGAAGAAGCUGAGGGACAUUUCCUCUGCAAAGGGCAAGCCUCUGAGGCUUGAGGUCACAUUUGCUGGAACCCCCAGGGUCAAUCUGUCCUGGAAGAAGGACGGUAAACUCAUCUGGGCCUCGUAUCAGUACAAUAUGAACACCACAGACACCUCCUGCAUCCUAGAGGUUCUGAACUCUGACAGGAUGGAGGCAGCUGGUAGAUAUUCUUGCGAAAUAGACAACGGAGUUGGAAGUGACAAAUGCGAAGCCCAAGUGUCAAUUCUAGAACAACCAUACUUUGUUGAAAAACUGGAGCCGGUGGAGGUCACUGUGGGUGAACCAGUAACCCUGAGAUGCCGUAUUGCUGGAACUCCUGACAUCUCCGUAGCUUGGUUUAAGGCUGACGGAAACCUGCGCAAGUCUGAAACUUGCUCAAUGGAUUUCUCAAAUGGUGUCGCAACUUUGAAAUUGAUGAAAACGACCAAGUUUGACCAUAGUGAAUACAUCUGCAAGGCCGAGAACCGAGUGGGUUCAGCCUCCAUCAGCUGCAAUGUGACAGUGAAAGAACCUGUGCGCUUUAUCAAAAUGCUGGAGGACACAACUUUCAUAGUUGGUCAGCCACUGAAACUAGUCUGCACCUACGCUGGGAGCCAGAGGGUCUACGUCACUUGGAAGAAGGACAACAAGCAGAUUUGGGCGUCUUAUCAAUAUAAUGUUAAAACAACCGCGUCAACCUGCAUUCUGGACGUGCUCAACAGCGACAGACCUGAGGCAGCAGGAACAUACACUUGUGAAAUCUCCAACGGAGCUGGAACCGACGUCUGCCACGCUCGUGUCAGCCUAGAGCCUGCUCACUUCAUGAAAAAGCUUGAAGACACGUAUUUCAGACUCUGCGAACCUUUGACCCUCAAGUGCACGUACACUGGUAGCCAAAGAGUGUGUGUGACCUGGAAGAAGGAUGGGAAACUGAUAUGGGCUUCGUAUAAGUACAACGUUAAGACCACCAACGACACCUGCAUCCUGGACGUCCUCAACAGUGACAGAGAAGAGGCUGUCGGAAGAUACACCUGUGAAAUUUCUAACGCUGAAGGAUCUGACAUCUGUCAUGCUAACGUUAAACUAGAACCUGUUCGCUUUGUGAGAAAACUGAGAAACACCUUCUAUAAAAUUGGCCACCCUCUGACGCUGGAGUGCACGUUCACCGGCAGCCAGAGGAUUUAUGUCAGCUGGAUGAAGGAUGGAAAACCCAUCUGGGCUUCAUACAAAUACAACGUCAAGACGACCAACUUCUCCAGCACCCUGGAAGUUCUCAACAGUGAUUGUCGGCAAGCCGUUGGGAAAUACUCAUGCGAGAUUUCCAAUUCGGAAGGCACUGCUAUUUGCCAAGCUGUGGUGAAGAUAGAACCUGUGCGCUUUUUAAAAGAGCUGGAAGACACCACUUUCAGACUUGGCCAGCCGCUGUCGCUGUACUGCACUUACAGCGCCAGCCCCAGCAUCUAUGUGAGCUGGAGAAAGGACGGCAGACCAAUCUGGGCCUCCUACAAGUACAACGUCAGGAUCACAGAUAACUCCUGUGUUCUGGAGGUUCUUAACAGUGACCGGCUCGAAGCAACCGGGAGAUACUCCUGUGAAAUCGCUAACUCUGAAAACUCUGCUAUCUGCUAUGCUCAGGUCAAAUUAGAACCUGUGCGCGUUGUGAAAACAUUGGAGGACACCACCUACAGGGUUGGUCAGCCUCUGAAGCUUGAAGUCACAUACACGGGCAGCCAGCUCAUGUAUGUGAGCUGGAGUAAAGACGGCAAACCAAUCUGGGCUUCGUAUAAGUACAACAUCAAGACAACAGACAACACCUGUGUGUUAGAGGUUCUCAACAGUGACAGAGAAGAGGCUGCUGGGAGAUAUUCCUGUGAAAUAUCCAAUGCUAGUAGCUCUGCUGUCUGUCACGCUCAUGUCAGACUAGAACCAGUGCAUUUCGUGAAAAAGCUAGAAGACACGUCAUACCGUCUGGGUGAUCCUUUGUGUCUGACGUGCACAUACACUGGCAGUCAGCGAGUGCACGUGAGCUGGAUGAAGGAUGGGAAGCCAAUCUGGGCUUCGUACAAGUACAACGUCAAGACAAGCGACUCCUCGUGCGUUUUGGAUGUCCUCAAUAGUGACAGAGAAGAAGCAGCCGGAGUCUAUUCUUGUCAACUUUCAAACGCAGAAUGCUCUGUCAUCUGUGACGCUUAUGUCAUUUGUAAAAGCUCAAAGAAAGAACCUGCUCGCUUCAUUAGGAAGCUGGAAAACACCACGUUCACACUCAGCAAACCGCUGAGACUUGGAGUCGCCUUCAGCAGCAGCCAAACAGUGACCGUGACAUGGAGGAAAGAUGGGCGGCUGAUCUGGGCCUCGUAUCAGUACAAUGUGAGGACCUCAGACUGCAGCUCUGUCCUGGAAGUCCUCAACAGCGACAGAGAAGAAGCUCGUGGAAGAUACACUUGUGAAAUUUCCAAUGCCGAAGGCUCAGAUAUCUGCCAUGCUCAUGUGACACUAGAGCCCGUACGAUUCGUCAAGAAACUCGAGGACGUCUGCCACGAUCUGGGUAAACCGCUGAGGCUUGCGUGCACUUACACCGGCAGUCAGAGGGUCCACGUGACAUGGAAGAAAGACGACAAGCUCAUCUGGGCUUCGUACCAGUACAACGUCAAAACUACUGACUCCUCCUGCACACUGGACGUCCUCUACAGCGACAGAGUGGCAGCGGCAGGAAAAUACACUUGUGAAAUUUCCAAUGCAGAUGGAACUGACACCUGUCAUGCUCAUGUUAAAAUAGAAAGAAAGGUCCCUCCAAACUUCACCAAGAGGCCGUCGGAGUCCAUGGUAGAUUCAGUGGGUAAGACGUUGAAGAUGGAGGGUCGGGUGUCUGGCUCACAGCCACUCAACGUCACGUGGUUCAAGGACAACAAUGAAAUCUAUGCCUCUGACAAAUAUGACAUCAGCUUCAAGAAUAAUGUGGCUGUGCUGUGUGUGAAAGACUCCACCAGCUCUGACGGCGGCGCGUACAGCUGCGAGGCCACCAACGAAGCUGGAAAAGCUUCGUGUCGCGUUUCUCUCACCAUUUCAGAAACUAGCCAAGCUCCUAGAUUUGAUGUUUGCCUGGAGCCUGAAACGGUGAGCAAGGGCGAGAAGCUGAGCCUCGAAUGCCAUGUGAGCGGCUCUCCUCCACUCACCAUCCAGUGGAUGAAGGACAGGAGGGAGCUGAAGUCCAGCGGAAACACCAGGAUCACGUUUGUUGGUGGGAAGGCCUGUCUGGAGAUCAGCCCGGUGUCAAAGGGUGACGCAGGAGAUUACCUGUGCAAGGCCAGCAAUGCUACGGGCAGCGACUUCUGCAAGUCCAGGGUCAAUGUGCAAGACAAAGGAGCCAAGGCCGCCCCUGCUGAGGCCGCCGCCCCCGCCGCCCCGGCUGCAGCGGCUCCGGUCAAAAGACUCGAGAACUUGUUCUUCAUCGAGGAACUGAAAAAUGUUUCUGUCUCAGAGAAGGGCACAGCAACCUUCAUAGCCAAGAUUGGAGGUGACCCGAUCCCAAGCGUGAAGUGGAUGAAGGGCAAAUGGAGGCAGAUCACUCCCGGUGGUCGUAUCUCCAUUGAGCAGAAGGGCCAGGAAGCCAAACUGGAGAUCAAAGAGGUGACCAAGUCUGACGCCGGUCACUACCGAUGUGUCGCCGCCAACAAGCAUGGAGAGAUCGAGUGCAGCUCUGAGAUGGAGGUUUCCAAAAAGGAGGAAGUGGAAGGACUCGGAGACUUAAGGACAAGACUGAAGAAGACUCCCUCGAAGCAGAAGAGCCCAAAGAAAGAACAAGAGGUAGAUAUUGUGGAGUUGCUGAGAGGUCACGACCCCAAGGACUACGAGAAGAUCCUGCAUGAACAUGGAAUCCACGACUUCCGGGCCAUCCUGCAGGCCAUCGAGUUCCUGAAGAGGGAGAAGGAGAUGGAGACUGGAAAAGUGGAAGUGGAGCACGGAGGUCGGGUUGAAGAGGAGGACAUGGCCAAACUCAUCCAGCAGCUGGAGGGACGUGUCGGCACUGAGCCUGUCUCUGUCGUGGAGGACAUCAGUGACCAGACGGCGACUGAGAACCAGAGCGCCACCUUCGAGUGUCAGCUCCGGAUCAACUACCCAGAGAUCACUCUGACCUGGUACAAGGGAACGCAGAAACUCGACAACAGCGACAAGUAUGACAUCAGCAGCGUGGGAGACCGCCAUUAUCUGAAGAUCGUCAACUGCCAGGUCAAAGAUCAGGGCAACUACCGUGUUGUGUGUGGUCCUCACAUCUCCAACGCCAAACUCACCGUGUCAGAAGAGAGAAAAACCGUAGAGGAAGUUGUUGAGAAGACUCAGUUCGAGAGCAGAGAAGAAAUCCCUGAAGUUGCUGAGGUUCAUAGGAGAGCGGAGGAGAAACACUCUGACGCUGCAGCGCCAGUUGAAGUACCUGAAGCAAAGAAGCUGCAGCCUGAGGGUGGCGCUGUUGCUCAGUGGGAAGAAGCUCUGGCUCCAGAAGAACCUUCAGUUUGUGCUGAACCAGAGAAGGUCAGUCCUGAACCUUAUCAACACAAACCAACAACAGCAGAAACAAAACCUUUCCCUCCUGAGGCCAAAAUGAAGCCGGAACCUGAAGCAGUGAAAGUUGAAGCUGUGAAGAAAGAAGCAGAAGCUCCUAAAGCGAGAGUACCAGAAACCCCAAAGCCUGAAGAACCUGUAGUUCCUCCAACCACAACCAAGGUUUCUCCCUCCACACCAGAACGUCUUGCAGCUAAAGUGCAAGAUGCAAUCAAAGCAGAAGGACCUGUAGUUCCACCUGCACCAAAGGCUGAAGCUGUUUCAACCAAAGUUGUCUCAGAACCAAAGAAACCAGAGACUCCAAGAAAACCAGCUUAUAUUCCCGUAACAAAACCAGAGGAACCGAAGAAAGAGGUUCUCGAAGAGACAAAGAGGUCUGCCCAGGUGUCAAAGAAGGUUCCAGAAGGACCAAAACAGGUUGUCCAAGACACAAAGAGGGUUACUGAAGCUCCAAAGAAAACGCAAGAAACACCUGCAAUCGUCCCUGAGGCACCAAAGAAGGUUCCAAAGGAACCCCAAAAAGUAGUGGAAGAAAUUAAGAGGGUUCCUGAAACUCCAAAGAAAGUCCUGGACACACCAAAAUUGGUUCCAGAGGAACUAAAGAAGGUUCCAGAAGAACCCCAAAAGGUUCAGGUAAUUGAAAAGAGGGUUCCUGAAGCCCAAAACAAAAUUCAGAAAACACGUGGGACAGUUCCAGAGGUACCAAAGAAAGUUCCUGAAGAACCAAGGGAGACUCCAGAGGCACAAAAAAUGGUGCACCACCUAGAACCCGCCGCACCACAAGAUUUGGAAACACCGAAACGUAUACUUCAGGCUAAGCCUCAACAACAAGAAGAGGUCACUCCCUCUGGAAAAGUUGGGUCAGAGUUUAAAGAAGCUCCACAGCAGAUAGUGUCUCCUCAAGAGGAGAAGAAACCAACUGCACCCAAACCAAAGCCUUUACCUGCUGCUCCUGCACAGAAAGGUGCGCCCCCUGCAGUUUCUCCCCUGGAGGAGAAGAAACCAUCUGCACCGGCACUCAAACCUUCACCUCCUACUCCUGCUGCUGCAGAGAAAGUUACGCCCCCUGCAGUGUCUCCUCCAGAGGAGAAAAAAUCAUCGAAACCUUCAGCUCCUGCUGCUGCAGCCAAAGCAGCGCCCCCUGCAGUUUCUCCUCCAGAGGAUAAGAAACCUUCUCCUCUGACACCAAAGGUUCCAGCAGAAAAAGUCGUUCUUCCUUCAGCUCAAGUUGCAGCGAUGCAGAGGAAACCAUCUCCUCCGGCCGCUAAGGCUGAACGCUCUCCUGUGUUGGAGGAAAUGUCUCCACCUGAAGAUAUGGAACCAGUUUCAGCUCCUGGACCAACUAAAGAUGGAAAACCAUCAGAGGAGCCGGCGAAAGGCAGAGGCCGAGGAUUCGGUGCGAGACAGACGCCAUCACCUGGUGACGGUGGGCGGGGCCGCGGCCUGAGGCCUGGUGGAAAAGGUCCAUCACCUCCAGAGGAUCCCUUCGGAGGGUUCAAGCUGAAAGCCGUCCCUCUGAAGUUCAUCAAGAAGCUUCAGGACAUUGUGCUAAAGGAAGCCGAGUCCAUCGGCUCCGCCGCUGUGUUUGAGUGUGAGGUCUCACCUUCCACUGCCAUCACCUCCUGGAUGAAAGAUGGCAGCAACCUGCGUGAAGACCCCAAGCACAAGUUCACCUCUGACGGCAAAGAUCGCAAGUUGAACAUUAUUGAUGUUCAACUGUCCGACACUGGUGAAUACAGCUGUGUGGCCAAGAACGCAGGAAAGGAAAUAACGUGCACAGCCAAGCUCAUCGUAGAAGAGCUUCCUGUGAAAUGGUUGAAAGAGCUGGAACCAGAGACGACGUGUGUGAAGAGUCAGCCCAUGUAUCUGACCUGUGAGCUGAACAAAGAGAGAGAAGUCGUCUGGAAACGUAACGGCGCUCUCCUCAAGCAACAGGCCGGAAAAGUGGCCAUUAAUAUCAUCGGUAUGCAGCACGCUGUGACCAUUCAGAACGCCACCGACGACGACGCCGGUGCCUACACGUGUGAGGUGGACGGACAGGAGGACGUCAAGACGACGACCAACGUGAAAGUGAUCGAAAUAAUCAAAGACUGGCUGGUGAAGCCUCUGAGAGACCAGCACGUCAAACCCAAGGCUAAGGCCACGUUCAAGUGUGAGCUGUUCAAGGACACGCCCAACUGGAAGUGGUUCAAGGGCGACGAUGAGCUCGUGCCUUCAGACAAGGUCGAGGUCAACAAAGACGGGAAGGACAUGACUCUGACUGUCAACAACUGUCAGCCCGAUGACGUGUCAGACUACACCAUCGUGGUGGAGGAUCGCAGAUACACAGCCAAGCUCACACUGGGAGAGCGUGAGGCGGAGGUCCUGAAGCCGCUCGCCAGUGUGGAGGUGGUGGAGAAGGAGGAGGCUAACUUUGACACUGAGAUAUCUGAGGAGGACGUGGUCGGAGAAUGGAAGCUGAGAGGACAAGUGUUGAUCAGAUCCCCGACGUGCGACAUUAAAAGUGACGGCAGGAAACGUUUCCUGACGCUGAAGAACGUCCAGCUGGACCAGGCGGGCGAAGUGUCAUACCAGGCUCUGAAUGCCGUCACCAGCGCCAUGCUAACUGUCAAAGAGAUCGAAAUGGGCUUUAUCGAUCAACUGAAGGAUGUUUCAGUGCCUGAAAAGAAACAGGCUAAGUUUGAAUGCACAAUCACCAAGGAUGUGCCAAAGGUCAUGUGGUUCAGGGGGGCGGAGAUAGUCACCCCGAGCCCCAAAUAUGAAAUAAUAGACGAUGGGAAGAAACACAUGCUGAUCAUAAACAGCUGUGAGUUUGACGACGAGGCUCAGUACACCAUCGAAGUGUUGGGAGAAAAGUCCAGCGCUCAGCUGACGGUGGAAGGCAUGAGGCUGAAGUUUGUGCAGCAGCUUCAGGACCAAACAGUGAAAGAAGGUAAAACAGUGACUUUUGAGCUCGCGCUGAGCCACGAGAACGUGCCGGUGGUUUGGUACCGAAACGAAGUCAAACUUCACGUGAGCCGUACGGUUCUCACACAUGUGGAAGGAAAGAGACACAGUCUAGAAAUGAGGACGUUGACUCUAGAUGAUACCUGCCAGAUAAAGGCAGAAGCCAAAGGACUUUACACUGUCGCUAAACUGACGGUGAUAGAGGGCGACGCAGUCUUCGUGGUGAAGCUGCAGGAUUACACGGCCACGGAGAAAGACGAGGUGUCUCUGGACUGUGAACUGAGCAAAGACGUCCCGGUCAUGUGGUAUCACGAGGAGAAGGAGAUCAUCACCUCCAAGAUGGUGGUGAUGAGGUCAGAGGGCACUCGCAGGUCUGUGGUCCUGAAGAAAGUGGAGUCGAGCGACAGAGGGAAAUACGUAUGUGACUGUGGAACCGACAAAACCUCGGCCAACAUCAGCAUUGAAGCUCGGGACAUCAAGGUCGUACGGCCAAUUUACGGCGUAGAGCUGUUUGACGGAGAGACGGCUCGUUUCGAGGUGGAGAUCUCAGAGGACGACGUGCACGGCCAGUGGAAACUGAACGGAGAAGUCCUCAGUCCUUCCUCUGACAUCGACAUCAUCGAGGAGGGAGGCAAACACACUCUGAUCCUGUACAACUGCAGAGUCUCGAUGACCGGAGAGGUGGCGUACACUGCCGCCAACGCCAAAUGUUCAGCCAACCUCAAGGUCAAAGAACUCCCUUUGAACUUCCUGGCAUCACUGAAUGACGUCCAGGUGUAUGAGAAGGACGAGGCGAGGUUCGAGAUCGAGGUGUCUAGGGUGCCGAAGAGUUUCCGCUGGCUGAAAGGCUCGCAGGAGCUGCAGAGCGACGACAAGUACCAGAUUACGCAGGAGGGAAACAUGUACGUUCUGUUAAUCCAAUCGGUCGCCUACGACGACGAGGCCAAGUACAUGUUCGAGGCCGAGGACAAGAGGACGACAGCCAAGCUGGUCAUACAGGGUAUUCGUCUGGAGUUUGUCAAACCGAUCAAGGACGUGACGGUUAAGGAGCGAGAAACGGCUGAAUUCAGUUUCGAACUCUCUCAUGAAAAAAUCUCUGUAGUUUGGUACAAGAACGACAUCCGUCUUCAUCCCAGCAAAGUGGUGCACAUGUCUGAUCAGGGAAAGAUCCACACGCUGGCCUUCAAGGAGGUCACCAUCGACGACACGUCCAUGAUCAAAGUGGAGGCCAUGGACAAGACCGUGACCGCCAUGCUCACUGUCAUCGAGGGCGACCUCUACUUCACCACCAAGCUGCAGAACUACACGGCCGUGGAGAAAGAUGAAGUGAAGCUGGUCUGUGAACUGAGUAAAGCAGUCGCAGACGUCAAAUGGUUCAAGGACGGACAGGAGAUGACUCCCUCCAAAAACAUUGCAAUCAGCACAGACGGAAAGAAACGCAUCCUGAUGGUCAGGAAGGCGGAGAAAGCAAACACUGGAUCAUACACCUGCGACUGCGGCUCCGAUAAAACAACAGCAAACCUCAACAUUGAAGAGCGCGACAUCAAGGUGGUACGUCCGCUGUACAGCGUGGAGGUCACAGAGACAGAAACAGCCAAGUUUGAGACGGAGAUUUCAGAGGACGAUGUCCACGGGAACUGGAAACUGAAAGGAGAACCUCUGCACCAGUCGCCUGACGUUGAAAUUAAAGAGGAGGGAACCAAACACAUGUUGAUCUUGUAUAACGUUCGUAUGGACAUGGCAGGGGGCGUCGACUUCUGUGCAGCCAACGCCAAAUCCAACGCUCAGCUCCGAGUCAAAGCUCGCUCCAUCGGCCUCACGCGUCCUCUGCAAGACGUGACGGUGACGGCCGGAGAGACGGCGACCUUCGAGUGCGAGCUGUCGUACGAAGGCAUCGAGUUGCAGUGGUUCCUGGGAGGAAAGAAGAUGGAGGCCAGCGACCGGGUGAAGACUCGGGUGGCGGGUCGAGUUCACGCUCUGACCGUCAGAGACGUGAAGCUGUCGGAGGCGGGCGAGGUCAAACUCACCGCCACAGACUUCCAGACUCAGGCUCAGCUCAUUGUCAGGGAGCCGGCAGUGGAGUUUACGAAGCCUCUGGUGGACCAGACGGUGGAGGAGGAGGCGACCACCACGCUGGAGUGUGAAGUUUCCAGAGAGAACGCAGAAGUUCAGUGGUUCAGAGAAGGACAAGAGAUCCGGAAGACCAAGAAGUACGACCUGAUCGUUGACGGCCGCAAGAGGGCGCUGGUCAUCCGCAACUGCACUCCGGAUGAAGCCAAGAUGUACACAUGUGACACCAAGGAGUUCAAGACUUCAUGUUUCCUGGAGGUCACACCUCCGCAUGUGGAGUUUACGAAGCCUCUGCAGGACGUGGAGGUCAAAGAGAAGGAAUCUGCCAAGUUUGAAUGUGAAGUGUCCCGUGAGUCCGCCAAGGUUCGAUGGUUCAAGGACGGCAGCGAGAUCAGGAAAGGAAAGAAGUACGAGAUAAUUUCUAAGGGAGUCCAGAGGAUCCUCAUCGUCCACAAGUCUGUGUUCGACGAUGAGGCAGAGUACGAGUGCGACGCCAGAACCUCCAAGACGUCCGGCAUGCUCACCGUCAUCGAGGAGGCCGCCAGAUUCACCAAGAACCUGUCCAACGUGGAGGGAACAGAGACGGACAGCGUGAAGAUGAUCUGUGAGGUGUCAAAGGCUGGUGCCGAGGUCACAUGGUACCUAGGAGACAAGGAGCUGCCAGAGGGAGGACGCUACGAGCAGAUCAUGGACGGACGCAAGCGGAUCCUGAUCAUCCAGGAUCUGAGGAUGGAAGACGCCGGCGAGUACAACUGCAGACUGAGUCCGACCGUCAAGACGUCCGCUACGCUCAAACUGAACGAACUGGCAGCUGAGUUCAUCGCUCGUCCUCAGAACCAGGAAGUGGUGGAGGGUGAGAAAGCCGAGUUCGCCUGCUCCGUUUCUAAGGAAACGCACGAGGUGAAAUGGUUUAGAGGUGAUAAAGAGGUGGAGUCCGGGGACAAGUACAAUACUAUCAGCGAAGGAAAGAGAAGGGCUCUUAUUGUGAAAAACUGCAAACUGAAGGAUGAGGGUGGCUACGUCGCUCUUAUCGGCAGCGUCAGAGCGUCAGCUGAUCUGUGUGUGAUCGAAAAACUGAGGAUCAUCACACCGAUCAAAGACACGGAGGUGAAGGAGGGAAGCGAGAUCGUGUUUAAUUGUGAGACAAACACGGAGGGAGCAAAGGCCAAGUGGCUGAAGAACGAGGAGACCAUAUUCGAGAGCAGCAAGUACAUGAUGGCUCAGAGGGACAACGUCUUGUCUCUGAGGAUCCGAGAUGCUCAGAAGAGCGACGAGGCCAUUUACACCAUCAGCCUGGCCAAUCACAGAGGAGAACAGGCCAUGUGCACCGCCAGCGCCAAGGUCGCAGAGGAGAAGCUGAAGUUCCUGGAGCCAAUCGAGGACAUCGAGACCCAGGAGAAGAAGACCAUCAGCUUCAACUGUAAGGUGAACCGGCCUGAGGUGACAGUGAGGUGGAUGAAGGCCGGCGUGGAGCUGACGCUCAGCAAACGCAUCGUCUACAGAGCCGACGGCCUCAAACACACGGUGACCAUCAAGGACUGCGUCAUGGGCGAUGAGGGCGAGUACACCGCUGUGAUCGGAGACGCUAAGUGUGCGGCCGAGCUGAUCAUCAGCGAGGCUCCGACAGACUUCACCACGCAGCUCAAAGACCAGACCAUCACAGAGUUUGAGGACGCGGAGUUCAUCUGCAAGCUGAGUAAAGAGAAGGCUUUGGUCAAGUGGUACAGGAAUGGACGCGAGAUCCGAGAAGGACCCAGAUAUCACAUGGAGAAAGAAGGAAACGUGUGCAGACUGAUCAUCAAGGUGUGCAGACCUGAUGAUGAAUGUGAAUAUGCUUGUGGAUUAGAUGAGAGAAGAACCAGAGCGAGACUCUUUGUUGAAGAGACGCCGGUGGAGAUCGUCAGACCGCCACAGGACGUGUUCGAACCCCCGGGCUCGGACAUCGUGUUCGAGGUGGAGCUGAACAAGGACAGAGUGGAGGUGAAGUGGUUGAGGAACAACAUGAUCAUCGUCCAGGGAGACAAGUACCAGAUGAUCAGCGAGGGUAAAGUCCACAGACUGCAGGUGUGUGAGAUCAGACCUCGAGACCAGGGCGAGUACAGAAUCGUCGCCAAAGACAAAGACGCAAAAGCCAAGCUGGAGCUGGCAGCUCUUCCCAAGAUCAAAACCACCGACCAGAAUCUGGUGACGGAUGCCGGUAAACCCUUCGUCAUGAGUGUGCCCUACGAUGCUUACCCUCGUGCCGAUGCUGAGUGGUUCUUCGAGGGCUCGAGUCUGCCCGUCCAGAACAUCGACACGUCCGCUGACAAGACCGAGUUCCGUUUGAAGAGCCCCAUCAAGGAGGACCAGGGCCGCUACAAAGUGGUCAUCAAAAACAAGCACGGCGAGGGCGAAGCGUUCAUCAACCUGGACGUGAUUGACGUCCCCGGACCUGUUAAGAACUUCAGAGUGGUCGACACUGCUAAUGGAGAGGUCAGUUUGGCCUGGGAGGAGCCUAAGAGCGAUGGUGGAAGCAAGAUCGUUGCUUACGUCGUGGAAAGACGAGACGUGAAGCGUAAGACCUGGACACUGGCAACAGAUCGUGCUGAUGCUCUAGAGUACUGCGUCAGUGGCCUCCAGAAGGACGCCAUGUACCUGUUCAGAAUCUGUGCAAGAAACAGAGUCGGAAGUGGACCCACUGUCGCCACCGAGGAUGCCGUUCAGGCCAAGAACAAGUUUGACGUUCCUGACGCUCCAGAGAAUGUCACUGUCGCCAGCGUGAACAAGUUCGGUGCCACCGUCACCUGGGAGCCUCCCAAGUUUGAUGGUGGCUCUGAGAUCACCGCCUAUGUGAUAGAGCUGCGCGACAGGACCUCUGUAAAGUGGGAGGCGGCCCUGGUCUGCAGCGCCGCCGACCAUUCUGCUGCACUGAAUGACGUAGUGGAGAACAAAGAGUACAUCUUUAGAGUCCGAGCAGAGAACAAGGCCGGCAUCGGCCGACCCAGUGCUGCCACAAACCCCGUCAAGAUCAUGGAUCCCAUUGAGAGGCCGAGCCCGCCACAGAACCUGAACUACAGCGACCAAAUCAGUUCAGCCGUCAGUCUGACCUGGGAGACGCCCGCCAGCAACGGUGGCAGCAUGAUCACCGGCUACAUCAUCGAGAAAUGUGAUGAAGGCAGUGAUAAGUGGCUCCGCUGCAACGCCAGACUGUGUCCAGAUCUUUCCUACCGGGUGUCUGGUUUGAAACCGGGUCAGAAGUAUUUCUACAGAGUCUGUGCUGAGAAUGCUGCCGGCCUCUCUGAUCCAGCCGAGCAGCUCGGACCGCUGCUCGCUGACAACCCUCAUGUCGGUCCGGCCUUUGACCUCAGCGCCUUCAGGAACGGCCUGGAGGUCAUCGUCCCUCAGCCUCUCACCAUUAGAGUUCCUAUCACCGGGUACCCGACCCCCGUUGCCAAGUGGACCUUCGGAGAGAAGGAGCUGAACACAGCAGACGAGCGCGUCUCCAUGGUAACGAAGCCCACGUUCACGGAGCUGACAGUCACACCGAGCGUCCGUCCAGACAAAGGCGCCUACGCGCUGCAGCUGGAGAACGACGUGUCUUCUGUGUCCGGAGAGAUUGAAGUCAACGUCAUCGCAUGCCCCAGUGCUCCUAAGGACUUCAAGGUGGCUGAGGUGACACGUCACCACGUCCACCUGAUGUGGGAGGCGCCGGAGCAUGACGGAGGAAGUCCUGUUACCCACUAUCAGAUCGAGAAGAGAGAAGUGUCUCGCAAGACCUGGGCCAAGGUGGCGACUGGCGUCCUGGACCUAGAGCACACGGUGACAGACGUGAUUGAAGGGAAGGAGUAUCUGUUCAGUGUCAUCGCCUGUAACAAGUGCGGCGCCGGUGAACCGGCGUACAUCGACGAGCCCGUUAACAUCUCUUCUCCUGCCACUGUUCCUGACCCUCCUGAGAACCUGAAGUGGCGUGACAAGAGCGGCAAGAGCAUCUUCCUGUCCUGGGAGCCUCCGAAGUACGAUGGCGGUGCCCACAUCAAAGGUUAUGUUGUUGACAAGUGUCAGCGUGGAACCGAUAAGUGGGAACCGUGCGGUGACCCCAUCCCUGAGCUCAAGUUCCAGGUCACCGGUCUGAUUGAGGGUCAGUGGUACGCCUACAGAGUGCAAGCGUUUAACAAACUUGGCGCCAGUCGUCCCUGCAGAGCGACAGAUGAGAUCCAGGCUGUGGACGCUAGAGAACCCCCAGAGAUCCAGCUGGACGUGAAGUUGCUCGCUGGUUUGACCACGAGAGCCGGGACCAAGAUCGAGCUUCCCGCUGAUGUCAAAGGAAAACCCGAUCCCCGCGUGAAGUGGACCAAGGCCGACCAUGUCCUGAGAGCCGACAACCGCAUCGCCAUUGACACGCAGCCAGGACACUCCAAACUCUCCAUCGCGGACACAACAAGAGGAGACACCGCCACCUACAUCAUCGAGGCUGUCAACACGUGUGGACGCGCCACCGCCACCAUUGACGUCAACAUCCUUGAUAAACCUGGACCUCCUGCAGCCUUCGAUAUCUCUGAGAUCACCAACGAGUCGUGCCUCAUGGCCUGGAACCCUCCCAGAGAUGACGGUGGCUCGGCCAUCACCAACUACAUCGUGGAGAGUCGUCAGAUGGACAAAGAGGAGUGGGUGAAGCUGUCGGCCACCAUAAAACACACCACGUUCAAAGCCUGUAAGCUCACAGCCAUGAAGGAGUACAUCUUCAGGGUCAGCGCUGAGAACCAGUAUGGAAUCGGUGCUCCUGCAGAGCAUGUGCCAAUCAUUGCAAAGUAUUCCUUCGAUCCUCCUGGUCCUCCAACCAGAGUCACACCCUCUGACGUCGCUAAGGACGCCGUGACUCUGACCUGGUUUGAGCCUGAUGAGGAUGGCGGUAGUCCCAUCACCGGAUACUGGAUCGAGAAGUUCGAUCCUGAGAGCGACAAGUGGAUCAGAUGCAACAAACUGCCCAUCAAAGACACAACCUUCAGGGUGAAGGGACUCCCCACCAAGAAGAAGUACCGCUUCCGUGUUCUGGCUGAGAAUCUGGCUGGACCUGGAAAUCCUAGUGUGGAGACCGACCCUGUCCUCAUCAAAGAUCCCAUUGAUCCACCAUGGGCUCCUGGUAAACCUGUCAUCAGGGACAUCGCCAAGACCUCGGCCCUGCUGGCGUGGACCCGGCCGGAGCAUGAUGGUGGAGCCAAGAUUGAAGGCUAUAUCAUCGAGUUCCAGAAGACUGGAAGUGAGGAGUGGAUCCGGAUCGCAGAGGACGUUCCUCAGACCGAGCACCAGCUGCAGGGUCUGAUGGAAAAGCAGGAGUACUCCUUCAGAGUAAAGGCUGUCAACAAGGCCGGCGAGAGCGAACCAAGCGAGGCCAGCGACCCGGUGGUCUGCAAGGAGAGACUCUAUCCUCCCUCAGCUCCUCAGUGGCUGGAGGUGACUAACAUCACCAAGAUCAACGCCGACCUGAAGUGGCAGGCUCCCAGCAGUGAUGGAGGCUCACCCAUCACCAACUAUGUGGUAGAGAAGAGGGACGUGAGGCGGAAGGCUUGGCAGGCGGUCGACACCACUGUCAAGGAGCUCAAGUACACCGUGAGUCCUCUCAACGAAGGAUCACUGUACGUGUUCCGCGUCGCGGCUGAGAAUGCCAUAGGGACAAGUGAAUUCUAUGAACUGGAGGACGCCGUGCUCGCCAAAGACACUUUCACCACUCCUGGACCUCCUUAUGCUCUGACGGUGGUGGAGGUCACCAAGAGACACGUGGAGCUGAAAUGGGAAGCUCCCAAGAGCAACGGUGGACGACCUAUAACCAAGUACGUGAUUGAGAAGAAAGAGAAGUUGGGAACUCGUUGGUUGAAAUGCUGCAAGACUCCAGACAAACAGACUCAGUUCAAGGUGACGGAUGUAGACGAAGGGUCGGAGGUUCAGUUCCAGGUCAGAGCAGAGAACGAGGCCGGAGUCGGAGAUCCGAGCGAACCCACCGAAGUUCUCACCAUCGAGGAUCCAACCAGUGCCCCGUCUCCUCCUCUUGAAGUCGCUGUCCCUGACGCCAGCAGGGAGCACAUCAAUGUCACCUGGAAGCCUCCUACCAAAGAUGGCGGCUGCCCGAUUACUGGCUACCAUGUGGAGGUGGCGGAGGCUCGUCCGGAGCUGAAGUGGCUCCGAGUCAACAACAGACCCAUCAAAGAGCUCAAGUUCAGGAUUGACGAUGGAAUCAAACCCGAGAAGAAGUACGUCAUCAGAGUUCGUGCCAUCAACUCUGUCGGUACUAGUGAUCCAUCUGAGAUCUCCGACAAGGUCUCUACCAAAGAUCCAGACUGUGCUCCAACUAUGGAUUUAGAGGCACAGGAUGUGGUUGUGGUUGAGGGUGAGAAGCUGCACCUGAACAUCCCCUACAGGGCGAUCCCAACCCCCAAGAUGAUGUGGCAGAAGGACACGGUGGAGUGUAAGGCCGACGACCGUCUCUCCAUGACAGUAGAGAUGAACAGCGCUCACCUGGAGCUGCUCAAGUGCACACGUGCUGAUGCCGGUGCUUAUGCCAUCACGCUAGAGAACAGUCUUGGAACUGCAACCGGAACCGCCAAUGUCAAAGUCAUCGGACUCCCCGGUAAGUGUAAAGACAUCACGUCCAGCGACGCCACUAAGAACUCCUGCAAGAUCAGCUGGGAAGCCCCAGAGGAUGAUGGUGGCACGCCCAUAAUCAGCUUUAGCCUGGAGCGCCGUGAAGCCUCCAAGAAGACGUAUAUGCCUGUGAUGUCAGGAGAGAACGUCCUGACGUGCUCAAUCAAAGACCUGUUCAUCAACUGUGAGUACUACUUCAGAGUGAAGGCGGUCAACAAGGUCGGAGCUGGAGAAUAUCUGGAGCUACGCAACCCAGUCAUCACCGAGGAAAUCAAACAGAAACCAGAUCCGCCCAUCCAGGUGGAGGCUCAUGACCCAACGUCCAAGUCCAUCACCGUCACGUGGAAGGCUCCGGACUAUGACGGCGGCUGUCCCAUCCAGGGCUACAUCGUGGAGAAGAUGGAGAAGGAUGGCGACCGCUUCGAGAGAGUCACCCCAAGCCUGGUCCCCAGUUUGACCUACGUGGUGACAGACCUGAAGGAGGAUAUGGAGUAUCAGUUCAGGGUCCGAGCCGAGAACGCCGCUGGAGUCAGCGAGCCGUCACGCAGCUCGCAGCUCAUCAAGGCCGCAGAUCCCGUCGAAAAACCAAAGGUCACCCUCCACGCCCGUGUACAGUCAGGUUUGUGCAUCAAGAAGAACGAGGAGAUCCGUAUCGACGCCUUCAUCUCCGGGUCCCCUUAUCCUAAAGUCACCUGGAUGAGGAACGAGGAGGACGUCACCAAAGAGCCAACCAAAACGAUUGUUCCUGUGGUGAAGAAGAAGAAGAAGACCAAGGCCAAGGUUCCAGAACCAGAGCAGGUGUUUGUGUCUCCACUGCGUGAGCGUCUGGGUCUGGAUCAGACCAAGAAGGGUCAGUCUGCACUGAUGAUCCGCGAUGCUGUCAGAGUCGACCACGGAAACUACACCAUAAAGGUGGAGAACGUUCAUGGCGUCGCCACGGCAACCUGCAUUGUCAACGUCCUCGACAAACCCGGCGCUCCGAUAAACUUCACCUUCGAUGACAUCAGAAACACGUCAGUCAUCUGUAACUGGGAGGCGCCUGAAGAUGACGGUGGUAGCGAGGUCCUGAACUACAUGCUGGAGAAGAGGGACAACAAGAACGAUCAGAGCGACUGGAUCACCGUCACCUCCACGCUGAAGGGAACCAGCUGCCUCAUCACCAAACUCAUCGAAGGAAAAGAGUACAUCUUCAGAGUCACUGCUGAGAACAAGUAUGGCUGCGGACCGCCGUGCAUCUCUGAGCCGCUGGUCGCCAAGAACCAGUUCAAUGCUCCGGACGCUCCCAACACGCCACGAGUCCACGAGGUGAGGGCGAGCUCCGCCCACAUAUCCUGGCACGAGCCGAAGGACAAUGGCAGCCCAAUCCUGGGCUACUGGAUCGAGAGGAAGGAGGUGAACAGCAAACACUGGACCAGAGUGAACCGCGCCCUCCUCAACUCUCUGGAGGUGAAGGUCAGCGGCCUGAUGGAGGGACUCACCUACAUCUUCAGAGUGUGUGCCGAGAACCUGGCCGGCCCAGGGCCCUUCAGUGAGCCCACAGAACGUACCCUCACCAUGGACGCCAUCCUGCCUCCUGGUCCCCCGACGCCAUGGAUCGUAGACACCGGGAAGAAUUCCGUCAUGGUGGCGUGGAAGCCGCCGCUGUACAACGGCGGAGGAGACAUCCUAGGCUACCACUUGGAAAAGGUUUUGGCCGGAGAGAAGGACUGGAGUCGCAGCACAGAGUUCAGGUGUAAAGAGCUGACGUACACAGUGACAGGCCUGACCGAGGGAGCAGAUUAUUACAUCAGAGUCAUCGCCGUCAACGACGCUGGUCCUGGAGCUCCCGGCGUUACCGAACCUGUCACCGUCAUUGAGCCUCAAGAACCUCCCGCUGUCGACUUUGAUGACUCUGUGAAGAACGGCGUCUUCAUCAAGGCGGGCGAGUCUCUAAGGCUUCCGGCUGUGGUGAUUGGUCGACCCCAGCCAGACGUCAAGUGGGCCAAGGACGAGGGCGAAAUUGACAAAGGGAGGAUGAUUGUGGAGACAGAGGGCAAGAACAGCACUUUGUUCCUCAAGAAGACCGUCAGGGCAGAUCACGGAAAGUACCAGAUCUCUGGUACCAACAGCAGUGGAACCAAGACGGCUGAGACCAGAGUAGACGUCAUGGAUGUACCUGGACCUGUGGUCGACCUGAAGGCGGUAACUGUAACCAAAAAGAACAUCACCCUCACCUGGUCCGACCCCUUGGACAACGGUGGCAGCGACAUUGUCGGCUAUGAGGUGCUGAGGAAAGAUGCCAAGAUGAAACUUUUCCGCCAACCCAUUGAGAUAGCUUCCUGUAAGUGUGAUGUCCAGGGCCUGUUGGCCGGUGAGGAAUACGACUUCAGGGUCAUCGCAAGGAACAAGUAUGGUGAUGGAGCUCCUGCUGACCUGGGACCAAUCCUGGCUGAGGAUGCUAAAGGAACUCCGUCUGCCCCAGAGAAGCUGCACUACACCGACAGAAGUAAUAGCACCAUUACUCUGGCCUGGGAGCCACCUCGCACUGACGGCGGCAGCCCCAUCAGAGGGUACUAUGUGGAGAAGAUGAGGUCCGAUGGAACAGAGUUUGAAGUGGCCAACUCCAAGAUCUUCACAGAGUGCUGCGGAACCAUUGAGAGCCUGUCAGAGAACCAGGAAUACCAGUUCCGUGUCAAAGCCGUGAAUGACGUUGGGGACGGAGAUCCAUCCAAACCAAUCGCCGCGAAGAUCCAGGAUGAUGAAAUCGCUCCUGUGAUUACGAUCCUGAAGUUCUUCAAGAGCAACUCAAUCAUCGUGAAGAAAGGUUCCGCCAUCGACAUCCCAGCUGAGGUGAAGGGACUUCCUCUACCAACCUUCCAAUGGAUGAAGGAUGACGUGGUGAUUGAGAAGCCGGAAGGCGAGAAGAUGACAAUGGAAACUGAGGAGGUCAACAAAACAACUCUGACAACAAAGAUUGCCAUCCCAGAAACCAUCAGGCAGGACAAGGGCAACUACAAGCUGGUAGCUGAAAACUGCUUCGGCAAAGCUCAGCAAGUCAUCAGAGUCGAGAUCCUUGACCGACCUCUUCCUCCAAAGAACAUCGUGGUCUCGGACAUCAAAGCGGACUCGUGCUACCUGACCUGGGACGCCCCAGAGGACAACGGUGGCAGCGAGAUCACAAACUACAUCUUGGAGCGCAGAGACGCCAGCAAGAAGAAGUCUGACUUUGAUGUUCUCACCAUAAACCUGAUUGACAGGAGAUACGGGGUUUACAAACUGGACCUGAACGGUGCCUACCAGUUCAGGAUCAAGGCAGUGAACAAGUACGGCGUCAGUGACGGCUGUGACUCAGAGAAAGUCCAGCUGAGGGAUCCCUUUGGCCUCCCGGGACCACCACGUAACCCCAAAAUCAUUGCCGCCACAGCGACCACCAUGACUGUGACCUGGGACCCUCCUCUGGACAACGGUGGCUCUACCAUCCAGGGGUACUGGCUGGAGAAGAGGGAGCGUGGCGCCGUAUACUGGGGUCGUGUCAACCGAGCUCCCGUCACCAAACCAGCAGUGAAGGGUCUUCAGUACACUGUGCUCAGACUCAUUGAAGGAACCGAGUACCAGUUCAAGAUCGCAGCCUGCAACGCUGCCGGAGUCGGACCACUCAGCGAGGCCACAGAGUGCCGCUUCACCAUUGAUCCGUGCAACCCUCCCAGCUCACCUGGAACCCCCGAGGUUAAAGACAAGACCAAGAGCAGCAUCACUCUCAGCUGGACUCCGCCAGACAAAGAUGGUGGCAGCCCCAUCAAGGGUUACAUCAUCGAGGUCCACGAGGAGGGCUCUCCUGAUUGGAGGAGGGUGAACCCCGCCGACAAGCUGCACCCAUCCACAGAAAUCACCGUCCCCGACCUGAAGGAGGGCAAAAAGUGCAAGUUCCGUAUUUAUGCUGUGAACUCCGCCGGCAACUCCGAGCCCGCGAGGAUGGCUGACAUCCUGGUUCAGGACAUCCUGAUCGAGCCGACUGUGACUCUGGAUCUGAGCGCUAACGACCUGAUGAACUGCAGAGCAGGAACAGCCAUCAAGAUUCCCGCCACCAUCUCUGGACGACCCAUUCCCAAAGUCACCUGGACCUUUGAUGGAACCGCAGAGGCUGAGAAAAAGAACGAAAUACACACGCUACCCGUGGACUCAGAGAUCUACUCCACCGACACAACCUCGGUGGUUAUUAUCCCAGAGAGCAAACUGAAUCACAGUGGCCGAUACAUUAUCAACGCUGAGAGUCCGGCUGGUCACAAGGUGGUGAAAGUCAGAGUCAACGUGCUCGACCUGCCUGGACCUCCCAGAGAGCUGAAGGUGAGUGAUGUGACGAGAGGAACCUGCCGACUCACCUGGAAAGCUCCGGAGUGUGAUGGAGGUGACAGAGUGAAGAGCUACUUCAUCGAGAAGAAGACGGUGGCGGGCAAAGCCUGGACCAAGGUGAACCCAGCCUGUGCUGCUCAGUCUCUGGUGGUUCCAGACCUGAUAGACGGUCAGGACUACCUGUUCCGCAUCCGAGCUGAGAACCGCUUCGGCUUCAGUCAAUUUGUCGAGACCAUCGAGAGUACCAAAGCCCGAGAUCCCAUCCAUCCACCUGAUCCUCCAACCAGGCUGAAGAUCCAGAACGUGAGGAAGGGCACAGUGACUCUGACCUGGAAGGCUCCGAAGAAUGACGGUGGUUUACCUGUGACCCACUACAGCGUCGAUCUCCUCUGCUGGGAGGCCAGUCGCACCAAGAAGGAGUCGUGGAGGAGGUGUAACAGGAGAGACGUGGACACCACCACCUUCAAGGUGGAGGAUCUGACAGAAGGAGACGAGUAUGAGUUCAGAGUGGUGGCGCACAAUGAGGCUGGAGCGAGCCGACCCUCGUCCACCGUCGGACCCAUCGUCAUCCAGGACCAGACCUGCGCUCCGUCCAUAGAGCUGAAGGAGUUCAUGGAGAGCGAGCAGGGCAGUGACAUCAGCAUCGUGGCCAAGAUCCACGGCUGUCCGUUCCCCACACUCACCUGGUACAAAGCUCCACCCCACAAGUCUGACGACAAGGUGGAGGUUCAGUACGACGAGCACAUCAACAAAAUUGUGUCAGACGAAAGCUGCACGCUGCUCAUCCAGCAGGGCAAACGCCCCGACACCGGCCUGUACACGCUGGUGGCAUCCAACAGCCUCGGCAAGGCGUCAAAGGAAAUGAGGCUCAACGUGCUCGGUCGACCAGGUCCUCCCUCUGCUCCCAUUAAGUUUGAGGAGAUUGGAGCGGAGAGGAUCACGCUCUCCUGGCUGCCGCCAAAGGACGACGGAGGCUCCAAGGUCACAAACUAUGUCAUCUGGAAGCGGGUGGCAUGCAGGAACACCUGGGUGCCUGUCACCAACGAACCCAAAGACCGGAUCUGGACGGUGGAGAGCCUGAUGGAGGGACACGAAUACGUGUUCCGGAUCAUGGCCCAAAACAAAUAUGGCGUCGGAGAUCCACUGGACAGUGAGCCCGAGGUCGCCCGGAACCUCUACACCGCCCCUGGUCAGUGUGAGAAGCCCACGGUCACCAGCGUCACCAUGGACUCCAUGACGGUGAACUGGGAGGAGCCAGAGGACGACGGUGGUACCCCCAUCACUGGCUACUGGCUGGAGCGUAAAGAGACCACAGGCAAACGCUGGACUCGCGUUACCCGCGACCCCAUCCGUCCCAUGAGCCUGGGCGAGUCGUUCGUGGUGAGCGGACUUAUCGAGGGCUCCCAGUACCUGUUUAGGGUCUCUGCCAUCAAUGCUGCUGGACCGGGACUCGCCAGCCCCCCCACAGACCCCAUCUUUGCCAGAGACCCCAUCUCUCCGCCAUCUCCUCCAACCCCCAAGGUUUCUGAUUGGACGAGGUGCACAGUGGACCUGAACUGGAUCCCUCCCUUGAAGGACGGAGGCUCGAAGAUCCUUGGCUACUGGGUGGAGUACAAGGAGGAGGGCACAGAGGCCUGGGUAAAGGCAAAGGAAACUGAAAUUCGUGGCACUCGUUUGGUGAUCACUGGUCUGAAGACUGGCGGUCAGUACAGGUUCAGGGUAAUUGCCUUCAAUGCUGCCGGUAAUGGCGAGCCAGGUGAAGUCCCGGAGGUGCUCGAGGUCAAUGACAGAACCAUUGCUCCUGAAGUCGACCUGGAUGCUUCGGUCAAGGAGAGGAUGGUGGUCCACGCCGGCGGUGUGAUCCGCAUCAUCGCCUACGUGUCUGGCCAGCCGUCCCCAGACGUUAACUGGAGUCGAGAUGGAGCUGCACUGCCGCCAGAGGCUAAAGUGGAGACGACAGCCAUCAGCUCAUCUCUGGUUAUCAAACCCUGCACCAGGAGACACUUGGGCGUUUAUACGCUGACUGCCAAGAACGCAGGAGGCGAGAAGACAAAGAAUAUCACUGUGGAAGUUCUGGACGUCCCUGGACCUGUUGGCAUCCCCUUCACUGCGGAGAACCUGAGCAUCGAUUCCUGCAAGCUCAACUGGUUCUUCCCCGAGAAUGAUGGUGGCUCCCCCAUCAGUAACUACAUCAUUGAGAAGCGUGAGUUUGAGCGUAAGGCCUGGACUUCGCUCUCCUACACCGCCAGCAGACAGAACGCCGUGGCUCAUAACCUCACCCAGGGAAAGGCCUACUUCUUCAGAGUGGCUGCGGAGAACGCCAUCGGCAUUGGACGCUUCGUGGAGACUGCAGCUGAGGUUGUGGUCAAGGAACCCAUGAGUGUGCCUGAACGCCCUGAGGAGCUGGAGGUCACCAAGGUGAACAAGGACUUGAUCAGCCUCACCUGGAAGGCACCCAAGUUUGACGGCGGCUCAGAGAUCACCAUGUACAUCCUGGAGGCCCGUAUGAUUGGCAAAGACAAGUUCACCAGACUGACGAAGGAGAAGUUGAUGGAGAGAAAAUACAUCUUUGACGGCCUGAGGGAGGGCGAUACCUACGAAUUCAGGGUCAUCGCGGUCAAUGAGGUCGGACCCAGUAAACCAUCGUUCUGCACCAAACCAAUCACGUGCAAGGACGAACUGGAGCCACCGACCAUCGAGUUGGACUUCCGUGAUAAGAUCAUUAUCCGUGUAGGAGAGAGUUGCCUGCUGCAGGGACGCUACACCGGCAAACCUUCUCCGUCUAUCAUCUGGUAUCGUGAAGACAAGGAGCUUAAGGCAGACCAACACGUCAUGUUUAAGAACACGCUAACCACCAUGUCACUGGGCCUGAUGAAGGCACGGCGUGAGCACAGUGGCAGAUACAUGGUGGUGGUGGAGAACAGCACUGGAUCCAGGAAGGGAGUCUGCAACAUCACAGUUGUUGACCGUCCUACCCCUCCUGUUGGCCCUGUGGUGUUCGACGAGGUGCACAGGGAGUACAUGAUCAUCUCCUGGAAGCCUCCUCUGGAUAGUGGUGGUGUGGACGUCUCCAAUUACAUCAUCGAGAAGAGAGACGUCAACCGAGAUACCUGGACCACAGUGACAUCUGCCACGACCAAGACUGUUUGCAAGAUCCCGAAGCUGACGGAGGGCAAGGAGUACGUCAUGAGAAUCUCUGCUGAAAACUUGUAUGGCAUCAGUGACCCACUGGAUUCUGAGGAGAUGAGAGCCAAAGACCUCUUCAGAGUCCCUGAGGCCCCUGAGAUGCCCACAGUUCGGGAGGUGUAUGCCACCAAUGCUCUGGUGCUGUGGAACCGCCCUCGUGACGGAGGGAGGCCCAUCAUCAACUACAUUCUGGAAAAGAAGGAGCCAGCAGCCAAGAGGUGGUCCAGAGCCACGAGAGACACACUGUACCCUGCCACUCAAUACCGAGUCCAGGACCUUGUGGAGGGCUGCGAGUAUGAGUUCAGGGUCAUGGCUGAGAACGAGCUGGGAACUGGAGACCCCAGCGUCCCCUCCAAACCAAUCCUCGCCAAAGAUCCUAUUGUGUGCCCUAGUCCUCCAGUGACCCCCGAGGCCUAUGAUAAGACGAAGGACUCUGUCAGCCUGAAGUGGCAGAUGCCCCGCCAUGAUGGCAAGGGCAGGAUAUUUGGCUACAUAGUUGAGUACCAGAAGCCGGGCGCCGUAGAGUGGAUUCAGGCCAAUGAGACCCCAGAGCAGUGCCCCGACCUCCACUAUGUGGUAACGGGUUUAAGUGAUGGACAAGAAUAUUCUUUCAGGAUCUUCACUGUCAAUGCUGCCGGCAAAUCUGACCCUGCCUACGUCAAACAGUCCAUCAAAGUCCAUGACAGACUGGAGGAGCCUGAGUUGCUGCUGGAUGCUAACAUGGCACGUGACCAUCUGGCAAUGUUAGGCACAGACAUCACCCUAAGCGCCACCGUUAAGGGUGUACCGACACCCACCAUUAGCUGGAAGAAGAACGAUGGAGAUGUUCCUACUCACAUCACUGUCGCUGUCGCCACCACUGGCAGCAAAGUCUUCAUUCCCAAAUGCGUCCGCCCAGACUCUGGGAACUACACCAUCACUGUAGAGAAUGCCGCUGGGAAGAAAUCAGCAACUGUUGCUGUGCUGGUGUUGAAUAAACCUUCUCCUCCCAGAGACCUUGUGAUCUCUGAGGUGACCAGCGAGACUGCCUACCUGACAUGGAAGGCUCCUGAGGACAAUGGUGGUGCUGUCAUCUCCCACUAUGUUGUACAGAAGAAGGACGUGGCAUCAGAGCAGUGGGUUCCUGUCUCAGCAGGCAAUAAGAAGCUGAGUCUGAUGGCCUUGUACCUGAUGGAAGGAAUUCAGUACAUGUUCAGGGUGUCUGCUGAGAACCAGUUUGGCAGAAGCGACUAUGUGGUAACCAGGCAGCCCAUCAAGGCUGUCGAUCCACUCUAUCCUCCUGGUCCUCCCAAGAACCUGCACCACACUGAUGCAGACAAGACAGAGGUGUGGUUGGUAUGGGAGUGGCCUGACCGCACUGGUGGAAGUGAAAUCACCGGCUUCAUUGUGGAGCACCAGGAAGAGGGCCAGACUGACUGGGUCACCUUCAAGACCGUGAGCAACAACCAUGCCCACCUCACUGGGCUGGUGGAGGGCAAGACGUACCGCUUUAGGGUCAAGGCUCAGAACGCCAUUGGUGUGAGCCGUCCAGACACUAGCGUCCCUGUUACCUGCCAGGAAAAGACAUUGCCGCCAACUAUUGAAGUUGAUGUGAAGCUCAUUGAGGGUCUUGUUGUCAAAGCUGGCACCAAUAUUGUCCUUCCAGGCAAAAUGACAGGCAUUCCCAUUCCCACUGCCAAAUGGAUGACAGAUGGCAAAGAGUUAGUGUCAGAAGGCCACUAUCACAUUGAGACUGCUGGAUCCUCCACCACCCUAAGUAUCCCUGAGUCCAAGAGAGGAGACACUGGAGAGUACAUCCUCAAUGUUUCUAAUCCUUCUGGCAGCAAAACAGUUGCCCUGCAUGUCACUGUCCUGGAUCUUCCUGGUCCACCUAUGGGACCCAUCAAUAUCUUGGAGGUCACCCCUGAUUACAUGAUGAUUCAAUGGAGGGCGCCUAAGGAUGAUGGUGGCACAGCCAUCACUAAUUAUGUGGUGGAAAAGAAGGAUGUGAAGAAACCAUGGGAGCCCUGGUCUGUUGUUAGCUCCAGCGGCACCAGUACCAAGGCUAAGGUGUCCAGGCUGGAGAAGGGUCGUGAGUACAUUGUUCGUGUCCGUGCCGAGAACAAGAUUGGCAUUGGUGCUGGACUUGAGAGUCCUCCUACUAUUGCUAAGCACAUGUUCAACCCUCCUGGUCCACCAGGCCCGCCAGAGUGUUCUGAUAUUACAGAGAAUGCUGUGACAGUAGAAUGGUCCUUGCCCGACUAUGAUGGAGGAAGCCCCAUCAGCGGCUAUGUGGUUGAACGCAGAGAAAUGACAGGAAAGUGGAUCCGUGUCAACAAAACUCCAGUGCUGGACCUCAGAUACAGAGUCUCAGGCCUGUUUGAAGGCAACAGCUAUGAAUUUAGAGUUUUUGCUGAGAACGUUGCUGGUAUCAGUGAGCCUUCUCGCACCUCUGACCCUAUCAAGGCCACACGCGCUAUCACCAAACCUGGCCCACCUGGCAAUCUUAAACUGAAGGACUGGAGCAAAUCCUAUGCUGAAAUCUGCUGGACUAAACCCACAAGAGAUGGUGGCAGUCCCAUUCUUGGUUAUGCGGUUGAGAUUCAGAAGUCAGGAAGUGCCCAGUGGGACAGAAUCAACAAGGAUCUCAUCAAGAUGUGUGCCUACAGAGUACCAGGCCUCAUUGAAGGAAUGGAGUACAGAAUUCGCAUCAGGGCCACCAACAAAGUUGGAGACAGUGAACCAAGGGAACUCCCUGAAACCAUCUUGGCAAAGGACAUCCUGGUUCCUCCAGAAGUUGUUGUUGACAUUUCCUGUCGUGACUCCCUGACAGUCAGGGCAGGUCAGAUCAUCAGUUUGAUCUCAAGGGUGAAGGGCAGACCAGAUCCCGAGAUCACAUGGACCAAGGAUGCCAGAGCCUUGUCUAGGGAUAAACGCACUGAAAUGAACAAUAAUUACCCUCUGUGUGAACUUGUAAUCAACGAGGCAGUCAGGUCAGACUAUGGUAAAUACGCAAUUGUUGCCAAGAACAGCAGUGGACAGGCACAGGCCACAAUCAUUGUCAAUGUUCUGGACACACCAGGAGCUUGCCUGAACCUGAAAGUGGCUUAUGUGACCAAGAAAUCCUGCAUGGUGUCCUGGGAGAACCCUGAGGACAACGGAGGCACUGAGAUCACUCAGUACAUUAUUGAGUGCCGUCAGCCAAGCCAGAGAGGUUGGACGGUGGUCUCCAAUGACUGCACCAAGCGUUUGAUAAAGGCUCCUCUCACUGAGGGCUGUGAAUACUUCUUCCGUGUCAGUGCAGAGAACAAGAUCGGUGCUGGUCCACCUACUGAGUCCAAGACACCAGUGCUGGCAGUUGAUCCGAUUGAGAAGCCGGGCGAACCCAAUGACUUCCAUAUUUCUGAGAUUGGCAAGACCUUCUGCUUCCUCAAGUGGAGGAAGCCAGAUUACGAUGGCGGUAGCCGUAACCUAGGUUACCACAUUGAGAAGAAACCAAAGGAGGCUGAGGAGUGGGAGAGACUCCACAAGGGUGCCAUUAAGGAGACUUACUUCAUGGCUGACAGAUGUAUCGAAAACCAGAUCUACAUGUUUAGAGUUCAGACUAAGAAUGAGGGAGGGGAGAGCAACUGGGUGACCACACCUGAGGUCCUUGUUAAGGAACUGCUUGUGGAGCCUGAGAUCAAGAUCAAACUUGAUGGAACCCUCAUUGUCAAGGCAGGAGACUCCAUUCCUAUCGAGGCAAUAGUGAAGGGCAAACCACAGCCUGAUGUCAAAUGGACCAAGGAUGAGAACACAGAGGAGAUUAAGAAGGGCCCCAAGCUUCAGAUCGAAACGGGGGCGGACUUCUCAAAGCUGUUGCUUACCAAUGCCAGGCGCACUGACAGUGGCAAAUAUGUUGUCUCUGCCUCCAACAGUGCAGGAACCUGCUCUGCUCUAGCCAAGGUCAAUGUACUGGAUAGACCAGGCCCCAUCAGGGAUCUCAAGGUGUCUGGUAUCACCAAUGACCGGUGCCAUCUGGCCUGGGAAAUUCCAGAGGAUGAUGGUGGCUGUGAUAUCUACAACUACAUCAUCGAGAAAUGUGAGACCAAGAAGGGAAUCUGGUCCGUCCACUCCAACGCUGUUAUCACAAAUAAAGCUAAAGUUACGCGCCUUAUAGAGGGUAAUGUGUAUAUAUUCAGAGUUCGUGCGGAGAAUAAAAUGGGUCCUGGUCCUGCAGUGCAGAGUGAGACCAUUGUCGCUGGCACCCAGUUCAGUGUACCUGAUGCUCCCGAAGCACCAGAAGUCACCAAGAUUGCCAAGGAGGAGAUGACUGUGCAGUGGUUAGAGCCAGAGAAAGAUGGAGGAAAGCCAAUCACAGGUUAUCUGUUAGAGAAGAGGGAGGAACAUGCCGUUAGGUGGUCUCCUGUAAACAAAGAUCCACUCCCUGGAACCCGUUCCACAGUUGCUGGACUCCUGCCUCUCCAUGACUACCAGUACAGAGUCAAGGCUGUCAAUGAAAUUGGCAUUGGCAGCCCAAGCAAGCCUUCACGUGCCAUCACUGCCAAAGAUACAGUUGAGCCUCCUGCCCCUCCAACCAACUUGAAAGUCCUGGACAGCACCAAGUCAAGUGUCACCCUAGGCUGGACCAAGCCUUUAUCUGAUGGUGGAGCUCCCAUUAUUGGCUAUGUUGUGGAGAUGAGGAUGCAGGGAGGUGCCAAGAAAGGAGACGAUGGUUGGAAGAGGUGUAACGUAGCAGCUCAGCUGGUCAUGUGUGAGUUCACAGUCACAAGUCUGGAUGAGAAGCUUGUCUAUGAAUUCAGAGUGUCAGCUCAGAACCAGGUGGGCAUGAGCCUGCCCUGCAACCUGGAGGGUGCUGUGAUCCCCAGAGAGAUUCUAGAGGCACCAGAGAUUGACUUGGAUGCUAACCUAAAGCAGGGACUGACAGUAAGAGCUGGCUGUCCCAUCAGGCUAUGUGCCACCAUUAGAGGCAGACCACCUCCCAAAAUAACUUGGAGAAGAAUGGGCAUUGACAACGUGUUCAGGAGGGGAAAAGUUGACAUCAUCGACACUAUGACCUUCCUGGUCAUCGCCGACAGCACACGUGACGACACUGGCAAAUAUUGCCUGACUCUGCAGAGCCCUGCUGGGGAGAAGGCUGUGUUUGUCAACGUUAAGGUUCUAGACACUCCUGGACCUGUAAUGAAUCUGGAAGCAACCGACAUCAAACAGACAUCCGCCAUGUUGUCCUGGAGUCCUCCAGAGAGCAAUGGUGGAAGUGAUGUCACUCAUUAUAUUGUUGAGAAGCGUGAGAUUGAUCGUAAGACAUGGGCAACUGUCAAGGCUGAAGUUCAAGGGGACAAGAUUCCCUUCAAAGUCAGUGGCCUGAUGCCUGGAACUGAGUAUAACUUCAGAGUCACAGCUGUCAACGAGUAUGGUUCUGGUGUUCCCAGAGCAACACCCACUUCCUACCUGGCUUCUGAUCCUGUCAGCAAGCCAGAUCCUUGUGAAAAGAUCGGGGUUCUGGAUAUCACUAAGAACAGCGCCACAGUUGGCUGGGUCAAGCCUGCGAGUGACGGUGGUGCCAAGAUCGAUGGUUACAUAAUUGAAUAUAUUGAGGUCAAACCUCCUCCACCACCUCCAGCACCUUUGGAGGUUGCAGAAGGAGAGGAGGCUCCUCCACCACCUCCUCCACCUCCAGUGGAAGAGGAAAAAGAGGAGGAAGAACCUGAAAAGGAGGUGUGGAAUGCAUACACAACUGUGAAAGGUCUGACAAUCAGCAUCAGUGGCCUGAAGGAGGGCAAGAGGUACAAGUUCAGAGUGGCUGCCAAGAACAUCAUGGGCAUGAGCUCAUUCACCGAGACGAGGGAGCCAGUCGAGAUCAAGGAACAGAUGUUGGAACCAAAAAUUGUCAUGCCGGAGAUGGUGAGCGCCAGAGCCGGAGCCAAGCUCAGAGUGGAGGCUCUGGUUUCUGGAAAACCUUCCCCAGUUUGCAAGUGGAUGCGUAGUGAGAAUGCAGUGGUCCCCUCCAGUCGUCUGGCAGUGCACCAGUCUGGUAACCUAUGUGUCCUGAUCGUCAAAGAUGUAUCCAGGACUGACAGUGGAGAGUACAGUUUGAUGGCUGAGAACAGCUCCGCAAAGGUGGUCCAGGCCCUGAAGAUCAUCAUCAAAGAUAUCCCCGGUCCACCUGAGGGCCCCGUGGUCAUUAGUGACAUCGACUCUGAUGCCUGCUCCCUGUCCUGGAACAAACCACUGGAGGAUGGAGGAACCAACAUCACCAACUAUGUGGUAGAGAAAUGUGAUGUGAGCAGAGGUGACUGGAUGACGGCUCUCUCUUCCUGCUCAAAGACCAAUUGCAGGCUUGGAAAACUCGUUCCUGGAAAAGAAUACAUCUUCCGCAUCCGUGCUGAGAACCGCUUUGGCGUGUCAGACCCCAUUCAGUCUGACAGGAUGGUUGCCAAGUUCCCCUUCGAUGUCCCCAGCGAGCCCCUCAACUGCCGCAUCAACAAGACCAACAAGGACUGCAUGUUUGUAGCCUGGGAUAAGGCAGAGAGUGACGGAGGCAGUCCCAUUACAGGUUACUACAUUGAACGUAAGGAGAGGAACAGCCUGUUGUGGGUGAAGGCCAAUGACACAGUUGUCCGCACCACUGAGUACCCAUGUGCUGGCCUCAUUGAGGGCCUGGAAUACACCUUUAGAGUGUCCGCCAUCAACCGUGCAGGCCAGGGCAAACCAAGCAAGAAGACCGACUUUGUCACUGCCAGAACACCCAUUGACAUGCCAGGUAAACCUGAGAUCCUGGAUGUAGCCAAGAACUCUGUCACUCUGGUUUGGACCCGUCCCAAGAAUGAUGGCGGGAGUAAGAUCAUUGGCUACUAUGUUGAGGUCAUGCGAGUGCCAGGAGACACCUGGAUCCGCUGCAACACCAGCAGUCAGAAUGUACCAAGGGAGGAGUAUACGGUUACUGGUCUGGAGAGAGACCUGAACUACCAGUUCAGAGUCAUUGCCAAAACUGCUGUCAACAUAAGCAAACCAUCUGAGCCCACAGACCCUGUCCUGGUCUGUGCUGAGAAUGUUCCUCCCAGAGUGGAGGUCAAUGCCAGGAUGCAAAAAGGUUUUAAGGUGAAGGCUGGAGCCACAGUACUCCUGGAGGCUGAGGUGUUUGGUAAGCCCUUGCCCAGAGUGACCUGGAAGAAAGGUGACGACAGCUUGAAGUCAGGCGAAGGCCAGGUCAUCACCCAGCAGAGGCAUCACUUCCAGCUUGAGAUGACAGGAGUCACCAAGGAACACACAGGGACUUACACUAUCCUGGCUGAGAACGCCAGUGGCUCCAAGACUGCUGAGAUUGAAGUCAACAUUCUGGACGUGCCUGGCCCUCCUGUUAGUGCCAAAUACACUGAGGUGUUGGCCACCAGUAUGAAACUGUCGUGGGAGCCGCCUUUGAAAGAUGGUGGUGCCCCCAUCAAUGGCUAUAUUGUGGAUAAGCGUGAGACCAGCAGACCUAACUGGGCCCAGGUCUCCACCAAGAUCAAGGGUGAUGUCCUUGAGUUUAACGUGGAGAAGCUGAUCAAUGGUCACGAGUACCAGUUCCGAAUCCGUGCUGAGAACAUGUGGGGAGUUGGAGACCCCCACAUAACAAACCCUGUUAUUGCCAAGAACCCAUAUACUGUCCCUGGUUCUUGUGAGGCCCCAGUGAUCACCAACGUGACCAAAGAUCGUAUGACUGUGAGCUGGAAGGAGCCUGCUGAUGAUGGAAAGUCUAUCGUCCUGGGCUACAUGCUGGAAAAGAAAGAGGCAAUGGAGUUGAACUGGACAAGACUGAACAGGAAGCCUCUGACAGAAAGGACCCUUGAUGUUACAGGCCUCAAAGAGGGAGCUGAGUAUGAGUUCAGAGUCAUUGCCCUCAACAUUGCAGGGUUUGGCAAACCCAGCGAGCCCUCUGCUGGCACCACUGCACAGAACCCCAUCACUCUGCCUGGCCCUGUUGUGAAUCCCAGUGUGAAGGACACCUCUCAAAGCGCCAUCAGUCUCAACUGGACUGCCCCUGCCAACAAUGGUGGAAGCCCCAUCAUCGGAUACUUGGUGGAGUGCAAGCGAACUGAUACAAGAGACUGGAUCCGCUGCAACGUCCCCAGAAACCUGCAGGAGACCAGCUAUGUCAUUCAAAACCUCAUUGACAAGGCUGAGUACCAGUGUCGCAUCACUGCCGUCAACAAGGUUGGCUUCGGCGAGCCAGUUGAAGUACCUGGCAAACAUGUUGCCAAGGACAUCAUUGUUCCUCCAGAGGCAGAGCUGAGUGCAGAGCUAAAGAAGGUCCUGGAGCUGCGCGCUGGAACCACCAUGAGGCUGCAGGCCACCAUCAAGGGUCGUCCCACUCCCAAGAUCACCUGGGCCAAAAUGAACACCAACAUCAAGGGCCGCCAAGGCCUCAUCAUCAAGUCCACUAACACUGACACCAUGGUGGUGGUGGAGAAUGUCAACAGAUAUGAUGCUGGCAAAUACAUUCUGAACCUGGAGAGUUUGGCUGGCAUGAAGAUGUACACCAUUGUUGUCAAGGUUCUAGACACUCCUGGACCUCCAGUCAACCUGGUGGUGAAGGAGACAUCCAAAGACAGUUCUUCCAUCUACUGGGACGCUCCUCUGAUUGAUGGUGGCCACGAAAUCACCCACUACAUUGUGCAGAAGCGUGAUACUGAGAGGAAGGCCUGGUCCAUCAUUUCCAACAACUGCGCCAAGACAGAAUUCAAGGUGCCAGACCUGGAUGCUGGACGAUCCUACUACUUCAGAGUGUCAGCAGUCAACCAGCUUGGUACCGGAGAGUACUGCGAAACAGCCGAUUCAGUCAGAGCAACAGAGGAGCCUGGGCCUGUCAUGGACUUCAAGACCCUGCUGGUAACUAAAUACUCUUGCACUCUAAGCUGGAAGAAACCACUCACCGAUGGUGGCAGUCGCAUUACCUGCUAUGUGGUGGAGGUUCUCAAUGGUGAUGACAAGUACAAGGAGCUAAUGAGGUCCAAGAAUAUGCAAUACAGCGCCAAGGACUUGGUGGAGGACAGAGAGUACACCUACAGAGUCAAGGCUGUUAAUGACUCAGGAGAGAGUUCUGCCAAGGAGCUGAAAGUGGUUGCUAAGGAGCAGAUCAUUCCUCCGAGCUGUGACUUGAGGGAGCUUCCCAACAUGUGCUACAUUGCCAAGGAGGGCAGCACUGUCCGUCUGAAGAUCCCGAUCAUGGGCAAACCUACACCCAAGGUCUCCUGGAAGAAGGGAGAUGAUGAAGAUCUGACAGACACUGGCCGAGUGUGUGCCGAGUCCUCUGCAGUCAACACCACCCUCCUGAUCAGGGACUGUCAGAGGAGUGAUGCCUCCAAGUAUACCAUCACCCUGAGAAACAGUGCUGGGAGCAGGGAGUCCACCAUAUUCAUCAGGGUGGUGGGUAAACCUGGCAUCCCUAUUGGACCCAUUAAGUUCAAAGAAGUUACUGCCGAUGGCGCUACACUGAAGUGGGCCGUUCCCAAGGACGACGGUGGCUCAGAGAUCACCAACUAUGUCUUGGAAAAGAGAGACUCAGUUACCAAUAUGUGGGUGACUGUGUCCUCCACUGUGGAGACCAACACCAUGAGAGUGACCGGUCUCCAUGAAGGCACAGAAUACAUCUUCAGAGUCUGUGCUGAGAACAAAUACGGGUUUGGAGAAGGACUCAAGUCUGAUCCCAUUGUUGCUAAACAUCCAUUCAAUGUUCCUGAUGCUCCUCCUCCUCCUCAGGUCAUGAGCAUGCGUCACAACUCGGUUUACCUGGCGUGGUCUGACCCCAGGAAGACAGGAGGAUCUCCCAUCACAGGUUACCAUGUUGAGUUCAAAGAGAGGAACAGUAUGUUGUGGAAGAGGGCGAGCCCAGCUGCCUUAAAGUUGAGGGAACACAAGGUCACUGGGUUUACUGAAGGCUUGGAGUACGAGUUCAGAGUCAUGGCAAUCAACCUGGCUGGCAUUGGCAGACCGAGCGCUCCCACUGAUCCACAGGUGGCCCUGGAUCCCAUUGAUGCUCCUGGUAAACCUGAUGUCAUCAGCAUCAGCAGGAGCUCCGUGACACUCCAGUGGACUGAACCACAGUUCGAUGGAGGCCACAGGCUGACUGGCUACAUUGUGGAGAGGCGCGACCUACCGUCUAAGAUCUGGGUCAAGGCCAAUAAUGUGAAUGUUGUGGAUCCUGCAUUUACUGUCACCGAACUGCAAGAGGGCUGCAAAUAUGAGUUCAGGAUCAGAGCGAAGAAUGCAGCUGGUGCUCUUAGCCCACCCUCCGAGCAGACAGAUACAAUCAUCUGCAGAGAUGAAUAUGCGGCACCAACCAUUACUAUUGAUGCUCAUGUGUUGGAGGGUCUGACUGUCCGAGCUGGCGAUACCAUUGUCAUUACUGCCACAAGCAUAGUUGGCAAACCUGCUCCAACCUCAUGCUGGUCAAAGGGAGGAAAGUACUUCAAACCCUCGGACCUUGUUCAUAUUGAGACCACUGCAACUUCCUCUACUCUGUCCGUCAAAUAUGCCAGCAGGAAGGACACAGGGGAAUACAUCAUAACUGCCAGCAACCCCUUCGGUGUAAAGGAGGAAACUGUCAAGGUCAAAGUUCUGGAUGUUCCUGGUACUCCUGGGCCUAUUGAAUGCACUGGUGUCUCUUCUGAAAAGGUCACUCUUACAUGGGCAGCUCCAACUGAGGAUGGAGGCUCUCCUAUCAAAUAUUACACCCUGGAGAAGAGGGAGACCAGCCGCCUGCUCUGGACUGUUCUGGAAGAAAAGGUCAUUGACUGUCACUAUGUAGCCACCAAGCUCAUCCAGGGCAACGAGUAUUUCUUCAGAGUCUCUGCUCUGAACCAGUAUGGUGCUAGUGAGCCAUCUCACUCAGAGGCCGUCAAGAUGGUUGAUAGAUUCGGUCCUCCUGGUCCACCAUCCAAACCAGGGGUUGAGAAAGUGGAUGGACAUUCAGCCACUGUAACCUGGAGGAGACCAACUGAGGACGGCGGAAGUGAUAUCAUAGGUUACUGUGUUGAGAAGAAGGAGAAAAAGGCUAUGAGAUGGAUCAGGGCCUCAAAGAAAUCUAUUGCCGAGCUCAGUUAUGAAGUCACUGGUCUGACUGAAGGCAUGGAGUAUGAGUUCCGUGUUUUUGCUGAGAACAAAGCUGGCUUUGGAGAGCCAAGUGAAACAUCUAUGCCUGUUAGAACAAUAGUUGCUGUCUAUUUGCCUGGACCUCCAGUCAAUCCAAGAGUCACUGACACAACCAAGACCACUGCCACCCUGAACUGGGGAAAACCUCUUGAUAAUGGCGGUUGUGACAUCACUGGAUAUGUGAUUGAGCACAAGAAGGAAGGAACAGAAGAAUGGGUCAAGGAUACCCCUUCAUCUCUACUUAGAAUAACCGAAUUUGUUGUUCCCGAGCUGGAAACCGGUGCAAAAUACCACUUUAGAAUUAGUGCUGUGAAUGCUAAGGGGGCAGGUAAACCUGCCGAAACUCAGGAACUGGUUGACAUUGUGGAGCGUGCAGCUGAGCCAGAUUUGGAGCUAGAUAUUGAGCUGAGACGAACCCUCGUCGUUAGGGCUGGCUGCUCCAUUCGCCUCUUUGUGCCAAUCAAGGGACGUCCUACACCAACAGUCAGCUGGACUAAGGAAGGUGGCCCUGUCCCACGUGCAGUCAUUGACAGCACUGAAUCAUUUACAAUGCUGCUCAUUCCUGAGAGUUCAAGGAUUGAUGCAGGCAAAUAUCAGCUUACUCUUGAAAACUCAAGUGGUAAGAAGAGUGCUGAUAUACAUGUGAGAGUUCUGGAUUCUCCUGGACCCCCACUUAAUCUAAAACCAAUCAAGAUUGACAAAGAAAGCAUUACUCUCCAGUGGGAGAUGCCUCUCAUUGAUGGUGGAGCCAAGAUCACAAGCUAUGUCAUUGAGAAGAGAGAAUCAACACGAAAGGCCUUUGCUACUGCUAUGACAAAUUGCCCACACACUUCAGUCAGGAUUAGUGAACUGGGUGAAGGCUGUGAGUACUAUUUCAGAGUGUCUGCCGAGAAUGAGUAUGGUAUUGGUGAGCCAGUCGAAACUGCAGAUCCAAUCCGUGCAUCCCAGGCACCAACUCCUCCAGAGAGUAUUAUUCCUACUGAUAUCACCAAGAAUUCUGUGAGCCUGGCAUGGACUAAACCCAAGCACGAUGGUGGAAGCAGAAUUACAGGAUACGUCCUGGAAGCCCAGAAGAAGGGAACUGAUCAGUGGGCCCAUGUAACAACAGUCAAGUCCAUGGAUUUCACAGUAAAAAAUCUGAAUGAGAAUGAGGAGUACAUUUUCCGAGUAAUGGCUGUCAACCUGUCGGGCAGAAGCAUCCCACGUGAGAGCAAACCCAUAGUUGUUAGGGAUUCCACAAUAGUGCCUGAGUUUGACCUGCGCGGUGUGUGUCAUAAGACUAUUAUUGCUAAAGCUGGAGAUGAAAUCAAAGUUGAAAUCCCAGUUAUGGGACGUCCUAGACCAACUGUCUCUUGGCAGAAGGAUGGUGCAGCCCUGAAGCUCACACAGAGAACCAAUGUGGAAACUACUUCUGCUACUGUUAUCCUUAGCAUCAAUGAAUGCAAUAGAGCAGACAGUGGUGUAUACACCAUGACAGGAAAGAACAUUGUUGGUUCUGUGACAGAUAACAUCACUGUGAAAGUACAUGAUGUACCUGGGCCACCCAAGGGACCAGUUAACAUUGUGGAAAUAUCCCGUACCAAUUGCAUAUUUGCAUGGGACCCUCCUGAGAAUGACGGAGGUGUUCCAAUUAAUAAUUAUGUGGUUGAGAUCAGAGACACAACUUCCCAAACAUGGACAGAGCUGUCUUCUACUAUCAUCCGUACCAUGUUCAAAGCCAUUCGGUUAACCACUGGUUCAGAAUAUCAGUUCAGGGUAAAGGCUAAGAACAGAUAUGGUGUUGGACCUCCCAUCACCUCAGAGGCUGUGGUGGCUGCUUAUCCAUUUAAGGUCCCUGGACCUCCUGGUACUCCGAAUGUUGUUGCAUUCACCAAGGACUCUAUAACAGUAGGCUGGAAUGAGCCUGUGUCUGAUGGUGGAAAUGAGGUCAUUGGUUAUCAUGUUGAAAGGAAAGAAAGAAGCAGCAUUACGUGGCAUAAGAUAACCAAGGGUAUUGUGAAAGGAAACAUCUUUAAAUCCACCGGGCUUGAAGCUGGAGUUGCCUAUGAAUUCCGUGUCAUGGCUGAAAACAUGGCAGGCAUUGGUAAGCCCAGCAAGGCCUCAGAAGCAAUACUGGCCUUGGACCCUGUAGACCCACCAGGCCAAGCUGUACCAAUAUUUGUCAAUAAAAAUGUCAUCACUAUUCAGUGGACAAAGCCUGAGUAUGAUGGUGGAUUCAAAAUCACUGGCUACACAGUGGAGAAGAGAGAAGGGUUAGGGGGUCGCUGGAGCCGAGCCAAUUUCACCAACAUCAUUGAGACAGCAUUCACUGUCAGUGGACUGACUCAAGAUGCCUCCUACGAGUUCCGUGUCAUAGCCAGAAACUCCGCAGGAGCAGUAAGCAGUCCAUCUGAGCCUUCAGACCCAAUUAUGUGCACAGAUGACAUAAUUGAGCCACGCAUUAUGGUUGAUGCCAUCUUCAAAGAUGUUGUUCCCCUGAAGGCAGGAGAGUCCUUCAAGCUUGAUGCUGACAUAGCUGGUCAGCCAACACCAUCUAUGGUUUGGACCAAGAAUGGAAAAGAGGUUGAGAACACAAUGAAACUGGAGGUUAAGUUCACUGAACUGACAACCACACUGACCAACAAGGACUCUAUCAGAUCAGAUGGUGGAGAAUUUGUUUUGACUGCCACUAAUGUUGGUGGAUUUGCAAAGCACAUCUUUAAUGUUAAAGUGCUUGACAAACCUGGGCCACCUGUUGGACCUCUUAAGGUAACUGAUGUCACAGCUGAUAACUGCGUACUGACCUGGGCUCCACCUGCAGAUGAUGGUGGAGCCAAGGUUGAAGGAUAUGUGAUCGAAAAGCGUGAGACAAGCAGACUGGUUUGGACUAAUGUGGUUUCAGACCUGAAAGUUACACAACAUACGGUGACGAAGCUGCUCAAAGGGAAUGAAUACAUCUUCAGAGUUAUGGCAGUGAACAAAUAUGGAGUUGGCGAGUCUCUUGAUUCAGAAUCCACUAUUGCAGAUAACCCAUAUGUGGUUCCAGAUCCUCCAGAGAAUCCUGAGGUGACAGCUAUCACGAAAGAUUCAAUGGUUGUUAUGUGGCAAGCUCCCAAGAGUGAUGGCGGAACUCCCAUCACUAACUACAAUAUUGAAAGGAAAGACAAAAUAGGCCUCCGCUGGGUCAAAUGCAACAAGAGGAAGGUCAAAGAUCUUCAGUUCAGGCCAGGAGGCCUUGUUGUCGGACAUGAAUAUAAAUUCAGAAUAAUUGCAGAGAAUGCUGCUGGAGUUAGCACACACAGUGUCUCCAGUCCAUUUUACAAGGCAACGGAUGCACUGUACAUACCAGGGCCUCCAUGCAACCCUAGAAUCCUGGACACAACCAGGUCCUCAAUUACUGUUGCCUGGAACAAACCUGUAUACGAUGGAGGCUCUGACAUCACUGGCUACAUUGUAGAAACCUGCAUCCCAUCUGAAAAGGAGGAGGAGGAAUGGACCAUUGUGACACCCAAAGAAGGUCUCCUAGCCACCUCAUUCACCAUUAUUAACCUGAAAGAGAACCAGGAGCACAAGAUCAAUGUUUCUGCUCUCAACAGUGAAGGAAUUGGAGAGGCAGCAUCUGUACCUGGCAAUGCCAAGGCAGAGGACAGGCUCCUCCCACCUGAAAUUGAUUUGGAUGCUGAUCUCCGCAAAGUUGUCAGUCUUAGAGCUUGCUGCUCUCUCCGACUCUUUGUGCCUAUCAGAGGCAGACCGUGUCCUCAAGCUAAAUGGACCAAAGGAGAUGGUGAGGCUAUUGAGAGGGCAACCAUUGACAGCACAACAUCAUAUACAUCACUUGUAAUUGAAAAUGUCAACAGAUUUGACAGUGGAAAAUAUAAUCUUACAGUUGAAAACAGUUCUGGCUCCAAGACAGUUACAGUCCAAGUCAGGGUGCUCGAUACACCUAGUGCCCCACAGAACCUGAAGAUUACUGCUGUAACAAAAGAAGCUGUCACUCUGACUUGGGAUCCACCAGUGAAUGAUGGAGGAGUAAAGAUUAAGAACUAUAUUGUUGAAAAACGUGAGUCCACAAGGAAAGCAUAUGCCACAGUCAAUGCUCUCUGCCACCAUACCACCUUCACAGUUGACCACCUCCUGGAAGGAUGCAACUAUUACUUUAGAGUUCUGGCUGAGAAUGAAUAUGGCGUUGGUCUACCCAUUGAGACCGGUGAAUCAGUUAAAGUGUCUGAAAAACCACAGCCACCUCGCAAAGUCUCUCUUAAGGAUGUUACCAAAAAUAGUGUCACUCUCUCUUGGGAGAAGCCAGAGCAUGACGGUGGCAGCAGAAUAGGCUGUUAUGUUGUUGAGAUCCAGCCUAAGGGUGUUGACAAGUGGACCCAGGCUGUGAUUGUAAAGGAAACAGAAGCUACAAUUAGUGGACUUAAUGCAGGUGAAGAAUACAUGUUCCGUGUAGCAGCAAGAAAUGAGAAGGGUACAAGUGACCCACGUCAAAUUGGAGUGCCUGUGAUUGUCAAAGAUCUUGUGAUUGCACCUGUUGCCAAAAUGUUGUUCAACACAUUUAGUGUGUUGGCAGGAGAAGACCUGACAGUGGAUGUUCCGUAUGUUGCACGUCCCAAAGCAGCUAUAUCCUGGGUAAAGGACGGUCAGCCUAUGAAGAGAACUACCAGAGUAAACUUUAGUUCAACAGACACGUUGCUGAACCUCAAAAUAAAAGAGGCUACCAAAGAUGACGUUGGACAAUACCUCAUUACUCUUAGCAACACAGCAGGAGAGACAACUGCAGGCAUUGGCAUUGUUGUUCUUGACAAACCCGGCCAGCCAGGUGGUCCAGUUAAGGUAGAGGAGGUCACUUCUGACAGUGUAACUAUCUCCUGGAACCCACCAGAAUAUGAUGGUGGUUGCACCAUCAAAAACUACAUUGUGGAAAAGAGAGACACAUCCGCAACUAACUGGAUGGUUGUAUCUCCUAACCUUGCACGGACAAAAAUCAAGGCAGGCCGAUUGAAGACUGGCUGUGAGUACCAGUUUAGAAUCACAGCAGAAAACAGAUAUGGAAAAGGCCCAACUCUUCAGUCAGAUAGUAUUGUGGCGCAGUACCCAUACAAGCUCCCAGGACCCCCAGGAACACCAUCCAUUGCAGCCUGGACCAAGGAGAGCAUGGUGGUGGCCUGGAACGAACCUGUGAUUGAUGGCGGAAGCUCUAUCUUGGGCUAUCAUCUAGAGCGAAAAGAGAGGAACAGCAUUAUGUGGGUCAAACUCAACAAGUCUCUUAUUACUGACCAAACCUUCAAGAUCAGUGGUUUGGAAGCAGGGAUGGAGUAUGAAUACAGAGUUUAUGCUGAAAACAUUGUUGGAAUAGGCAAAGUUAGCAAAGUGUCCCAGGGUCAUAUUGCUAGAGAUCCUUGUGAUCCUCCUGGCACCCCAGAGGCAACAAAGAUCACCAAAGACACUUUGACCAUUGUUUGGACCAAGCCUGAGUAUGAUGGAGGUGCAAAGGUUACAGGCUACAUUGUGGAAAAGAAGGAGCUACCUGAAGGUCGUUGGCAGAAGGCUAACUUUACGAACAUCAUUGAGACAGAAUAUGUUGCAACUGGACUUGUACAGGACAAUCAGUAUGAGUUCCGUGUCAUUGCCAGAAAUGCCGCCGGGGUUUAUAGUAUGCCCUCUUACAGCACUGGCCCUAUCACUGCAAGGGAUGAGAUUGAACCACCGGGUAUCAGCAUUGACCCAGAGUACACACAGAUCAUUGUGGUUAACGCAGGAGAAAACUUCAAGAUUGAUGCAGAUGUUCACGGCAAACCACUACCCUCUAUCCACUGGAUGAAGGGAGAUCAGGAAUUGGGCAACACUAUUCAUAGAGAAAUUAAGAACACAACCACCAAGGCUUAUAUAUCUGUCAAGGAAGCAAAACUUUCAGAUGGAGGCCAAUACACGCUGCUAUUGAAAAAUCCAGGAGGUGAAAAGACUGUGCAGGUCAAUGUGGUUGUUCUAGAUAAACCUGGAGAACCUCAAGGACCUCUUGUUGUUACAGGGAUAUCCAAAGACCGAUGCUGCCUUGCAUGGAAACCACCAAUGCAAGAUGGUGGUAGCAAGAUCUCUCACUACUUGGUGGAGAGGAGAGAGACAAGCAGAUUAGUCUGGACUGUUGUAGACCCCAAAGUAGAAAAUAUUUGUCUAAGGGUCACUAAGCUCUUGGAAGGAAAUGAGUACAUCUUCAGAGUCCAUGCUGUCAACCCGUUUGGAGUGGGUGCACCACUUGUUUCUUCUGCUGUCAUAAUCAAAGAUCCUUAUUUACCCCCGGGGUCACCCAGGAGCUUAGAAGUUUCGGAUAUUAAAAAAGAUUCAAUGAUGCUCACUUGGGAGGCUCCCUCUGAAGAUGGGGGCAGUCCUAUCACUGGAUACAUAAUUGAGAAACAUGACAAAGAAGGAGUACGAUGGACCAGAUGCAACAGACAAACAGUCACUGACUUGACAUUCAAGCUGACCGGACUCCUGGAAAACCACAGUUAUGAAUUCAGAGUUGUUGCUGAGAAUGCUGUUGGUGUUGGUGAGCCAAGCUCCCCAACAGUAUUCUACAAAGCUCUUGAUCCCAUUUUCAGGCCUGGCCCACCACACAAUCCAAGAGUUACUGACACAACUAAAACAUCAGUUUUCCUGUCAUGGAGUAAGCCUGUCUGUGAUGGAGGCUGUGAGAUUCAGGGAUACAUUGUUGAGUGCUGCACUACUAUAAUACCAGCAGUGCCAGAUGAGGCAUCUGCUGAAACCCAAGCUGCAGAGGCACCUGCCACAGAUGCACCUGCUGAGGAGUGGACAAUGUGCACACCACCAACCGGUGUCAAGAAGACCAAAUUUGAAGUUGCAAACCUGAAAGAAAACCAGGCAUACAAGUUUAGAGUGUGUGCCAUAAACAAAGUUGGAGUUGGUGAGCAUGCUGAUGUCUCUGGAGCUGUUGUUGCCCUCGACAGGACAGAAGAGCCAGACCUUGACAUUGACCCAGAACUGAGGAAGAUUGUAAUUAUUAAAGCUGGAGCUUCCCUUCGGCUUUUUAUCCCCAUCAAAGGAAGGCCAACUCCUACCAUCAAGUGGGAUAAGGAUGAAACUGCCCUUAGAGAGACUGCUCAGCUUGAGGUGACCAGCAGUUACUCAUCCCUUGUAAUUGAUAAGAUGAGCAGAACUGACAGUGGAAAAUACACAGUCACUGCCGCAAACUCCAGUGGAACCAAGUCAGCAUUUGUUGUUGUCCGUGUUCUCGACACACCUAGUGCUCCUGUUAACCUGAAAGUGAUAGAAAUUACAAAUCAAUCAGUGACACUGGCAUGGGAACCACCUAUGUUGGAUGGUGGGUCCAAGAUCAAGAACUACAUUGUUGAAAAGAGAGAAAGCACACGCAAAACAUUUGCAGCUGUUGUAACAAAUUGUCAUGCUCUUGCAUGGAAGAUUGAGCCACUCCAGGAAGGUUGUAGUUACUUCUUCCGUGUCAUUGCUGAGAAUGCACAUGGUGUUGGCCUGCCUGCAGCAACUGCAGACGCUCUUAAGGUGUCAGAGGUGCCACAGUCGCCAAAGACCUUGAUUGUUAGAGACCAAACCAAAACAAGCAUCUCUUUGGCUUGGGAGAAGCCCGAGUAUGAUGGUGGUAGCAGAGUCAUCCAGUACCUGCUCGAGGUGCAACUUAAGGGCCAGGAGAAAUGGUCUGGUGUUAACACUUUUAAGACAAUGGAGGCUACUGUUCCCAAUCUCAACCCAGGGGAGGAGUAUCUCUUCAGAGUUACUGCAAUUAAUGAUAAGGGCAAGAGUGACCCCAAAGUCCUUGCUGGUCCAGUAAUGACAAAGGACUUGGUGUUUGAGCCUGAUGUUCGUCCCGCAUUCAGCAGCUAUAGUGUCCAUAUGGGCAAAGACAUGAAGAUUGACAUUCCCAUCUUUGGACGUCCUAAACCAACAGUCACAUGGACUAAAGAUGGAGCUCCUUUAAAGUUCACCACCAGAGUCAAUACUCUCAAUACACCCACAAAUACAACACUUAGCAUUAAGGAGGCUGCAGGUGAUGAUGGUGGCAUGUACGGUAUAAAUGUUGCUAACUCAGCUGGAAAGAAAGACACAACUGUUGAAGUCAUUGUACUUGACAAACCUGGCCCUCCAUCUGGCCCUGUAAGGUUCAAUGAAAUCACAACACAGAGUAUCACUAUUUCAUGGGACCCACCUAAACACAAUGGUGGCUGCCAGAUUUCAAACUACAUUGUGCAAAAGAGAGAUACUACUAGUGCAACAUGGGAAAACGUCAGCAUCAACUAUGCCAGAACCUCCAUUAAAGUGCCUAGACUGAAGACAGGAGCAGAGUACCAGUUCAGGAUCAUUGCUCAAAACCGCUAUGGCAAGAGUCAUGGCCUGGAUUCAUCUGCUGUGGUCGCUCAAUACCCAUACAGAGAGCCAGGCCCGCCAGGCACUCCCUUCAUUUCUUCUCUUUCGAGGGACCACCACGUUGUUGAGUGGCAUGAGCCUGUCAUAGAUGGAGGCAGCCCUGUUCUUGGCUAUCAUCUUGAAAGAAAAGAGAGGAAUAGUAUUCUCUGGGUCAAGAUCAACAAGACACUAAUUCACGAUACGAUCUUAAAGAGUCACCCAUUGGAGGAAGGUGUUGAGUAUGAAUACAGAGUUUAUGCUGAAAAUAUUGUGGGUAUUGGCAGGUGUAGUAAGAUCUCAGAGGGCUGCAUUGCCCGUGACCCAUGUGAUCCACCUGGUACACCAGAGGCCUUCCAUGUCACCAAAGAUACCAUUGUCAUUCAGUGGACUAAGCCUGAAUAUGAUGGUGGCAGUAAUAUAACUGGCUAUACUGUGGAGAAGCGGGACCUGCCAGAGGGCAGGUGGGGAAGGGCAAACUUCACUAAUGUGAUUGAGACACAGUUUACUGUGACAGGACUGACUGAAAAUGCUCAGUAUGACUUCAGAGUCAUCGCUAAAAAUGCUGUUGGCACCAUCAGCAAGCCGUCCUACAACAGUGGACCAAUCACUGCAAGUGACAAUGUGGAGGCACCCAAAUUCUCCAUUGACCCUGCAUUCACCAAGACCAUUAUAAUCAAUGCUGGAGAGACAUUCAAGCUUGAUGCAGAUGUCCGUGGAAAGCCACUGCCUACAAUCCAGUGGUUCAAGGAUGAAAAACCAAUUGAGAAUACACUCCGACUCGAGAUUAAAAACACAGAAAACCAUGCAAUGAUCCUCAUUAAGGACGCCAUAAGGAUUGAUGGUGGAAUGUACACGCUCCAACUGACAAAUGAGGCUGGCAGUGAAACUGUGCCAUUUAAGGUUGUGGUCCUGGACAGAGCUAGCCAAUGUGAGGGACCCCUUCACAUCACUGGAGUAGCUGAAAAUAGAUGCACACUGGUAUGGCGCGCCCCUCUUCAUGAUGGAGGUAGCCCUAUUAAACAUUACAUCAUUGAGAGAAGAGAAACCAGCCGUCUAGCUUGGACUGUUGUUUCUACCAGCUGUGAGACCACAUCCUACAAAGUCACCAAAUUACUGGAAGGUAAUGAGUACAUGUUCCGUGUCAUGGCUGUUAACAGUUACGGUAUCAGUGAGCCACUUGGAUCUGGUGGAGUGACUAUGAAGACACCAUUUGUUCCUCCUGGUACACCUCACAUUGAGGAUGUAUCAAACAUUGCUCAUGAUGGCAUGACCAUUAGUUGGUCUGCCCCUGAGAGUGAUGGAGGCAGUGAGAUUACCAAUUACUUAAUUGAAAAGAAGGACAGAAGUGGAAUCAAAUGGACCAGAUGCAAUAGGCAGAAGGUCACGGACCUCUCCUUCAGAGUUACAGGAUUAGCCACAGGCCACGAGUAUGAGUUCAGAGUAGCUGCAGAGAAUAUAGUUGGAGUGGGAGAACCAAGCCUUCCAAGUUCAAACUACAAGGCCUGUGAUCCCAAGUACAAACCUGGAGCCCCAGCAUAUGUGAAUGUAAUUGACUCCACAAAGAGUUCCCUUACAGUGUCAUGGGGUAAGCCUCUAACUGAUGGUGGCAGUGCCAUUCAAGGGUACAUUGUUGAAGUCUGCAAGGCUGAGCAGGAGGAAUGGGCCAUGGUUACUCCCCCCACUGGCCUACGUGUCAACAAAUAUGAAAUUACCAAACUUACUGAGGGUCAGGAGUACAAGAUACAGGUGUGUGCUCUGAACAAACUAGGAGUUGGUGAGCCAGCAGUGCUCUCUGGAACAGCAAAGCCAGAGGAAAGAGUGGACCCACCAGAGAUCCGCUUGGACUCUGAGCUGAGGAAGGGCAUUACUGUGAAAGCCAGUGGAUCUGUUAGAAUCCAUAUUCCAUUUAAGGGCAGGCCAACACCUGAGAUUAUGUGGACUAAGGAUGAGGGAGCCCUGACUGAAAAGGCAGUGCUGGAGAAGGCUCCCAACUUCACACAGCUGUCCAUUGACUCGUGUGACAGGAGUGAUUCAGGAAAAUACACCCUCAGUCUGACCAACAGCAGUGGCUCUGUGUCUGAGUUUGUUGUCGUCAAAGUCCUGGAUACACCUGGAGCCCCACAGAAUCUUGUGGUUAAAGAUGUGAAAAAGGACUCUGUCACUCUUGUAUGGGAUGUUCCACUGAUUGAUGGGGGUUCCAAAACUAAGUACUAUGUCAUUGACAAACGUGAAUCAACCAAAAAGGCAUAUUCAAAUGUGUCCGCUAAAUGCACCAAGACAACAUUCAAAGUUGAGAACCUAAUUGAAGGUGCUAUGUAUUACUUCAGAGUCAUGGCUGAGAAUGACUAUGGGGUCGGCCAAGCUGUUGAAACAAAGCAAGCUUCCAAGGCCUCUGAGGUCCCACAGCCUGUUCGAAAAGUCUUCCUCACUGAUGUCACCAAGGCCAGUGCCUCACUGGCAUGGGAGAAACCAGAGCAUGAUGGAGGCAGUAGAAUUGGUGGCUACCUGAUUGAGAUGCAGCCUAAGGGUACAGAUAAGUGGGGAGUUGCAACAAAUACAAAGACAUGCGAGGGCACUGUCAAAGGACUCACAGCUGGGACAGCAUACCUAUUCCGUAUUAUCGCUUACAAUGAGAAGGGUAAGAGUGAACCAGUGGCACUUGCUGCACCUGUUAUUGCCAGUGACAUGACCGUGGAGCCAAGCAUUAAGAUGCAAUUCAACACUUACAGUGUUUUGUCUGGAAAAGACCUGAAGUUGGAAUUCCCUGUGCUUGGCAGGCCCAAACCUAAAGUCACCUGGACCAAGGAUGGUCAGCCUUUAAGGGUGACAUCCAGAAUCAAUGUGGUAAACACUCCAGCAACAACAGCAAUUCAGAUUACUCAGGCAUGCAAAGAUGACUUAGGUACUUACUCCAUUACAGCAACCAAUGCUGCUGGUACAAUCACUGAGGAUGUGGCUGUCAUUAUCCUUGACAAGCCUGGUCCACCAACAGGUCCAAUCAAGAUUGUUGAAGUGAGCAACACCUUUGUCCAUCUUGCCUGGGAGCCCCCAGUGUACACAGGUGGAUGCCAAGUGAAGAACUAUAUUGUAGAGAAGAGAGAUACGACCACCACAACAUGGCAGUCAGUCACCACACAGCUUGCUAGAACUGCCUUCAAGGUCACCAAGCUGAAGACUGGUGCCGAAUACCAGUUCAGAAUUAUAGCUGAAAACAGAUAUGGAAAGGGUGCUUCCUUGGACUCCAAGUCCAUUGUCGUACAAUAUCCAUACAAAACACCAGGGCCUCCUGGAACACCAAAUGUCCAAUCUGCAACAAAGGAAAUGAUGAUCAUUGAAUGGAAUGAGCCAGUCAAUGAUGGUGGAAGUGCAGUCAUUGGUUACCAUCUGGAAAGCAAAGAGAGAAACAGCAUCCUGUGGAACAAACUGAACAAGACUCUCAUCACUGAUACUCAGUUCAAGAUCUGUAAUCUCGAGGAGGGUAUCGGAUAUGAAUUCAGAGUUUAUGCUGAAAACAUUGUUGGUAUUGGUAGAUGCAGUAAAGUGUCGGAGUCCUUUGUGGCUCGUGACCCAUGUGAUCCUCCAGGUGCUCCGGAAGCUGUAUCUAUUUGUAAGAAUCUGAUCAAGAUUCAGUGGAGCAAACCUCAGUACGAUGGUGGCAGCAAAGUAAAUGGAUAUAUUGUGGAAAGGAAAGAUGUUUCCUCCCCCGAUGGACGCUGGGUAAGAGCUAACUUCACUAAUAUAAUUGAGACUGAGUAUACCAUCACUGGUCUGACAGAGAAGGAGCAAUAUGAAUUUAGAGUUAUUGCAAGAAAUGCAGCAGGAGUCUUCAGUGAACCAUCCGACAGCUCUGGUCCUAUUACUGCUACUGAUGAAAUUGAACCACCAAGGGCCUCAAUGGAUCCCAAAUACAAGGAUGUCAUUGUUGUUAAUGCUGGAGAAAACUUGGUUCUUGAUGCAGACAUUCAUGGAAAACCAAUUCCAGAUGUUGUCUGGCUAAAAGAGGGCAAGGAAAUGGAUAAAGCCCUGCGCAUUGAACUGAAAACUACACAGAAGCGUGCAGCCAUGACCAUUAAGGAUGUAACCAAGCUUGACAGUGGUCACUAUGACCUUGUACUCAAAAAUCUAGGUGGUACCAAAACCUUCCCUAUCACUGUCAAAGUUCUUGAUAAACCAGGUCCACCCACUGGACCCAUGAAAGUGACAGGGGUCCUGGCUGACAGGUGUAUCCUCUCCUGGGCUGAGCCAGCUCUGGAUGGUGGGGCCAGUGUCAUUCACUACCUCUUGGAGAAGAGGGAGACUAGCAGGUUGUCAUGGACAGUGGCUGCACCAAAUAUCAAGGGUCUGUACCAUAAAUUAAAAAAUUUGCUCCCUGGAAAUGAAUACAUCUUCAGAGUCAGAGCAGUGAACAAAUAUGGUAUUGGUGAUUAUCUGGAAAGUGAACCCACAAUUGCAUGCAAUCCAUACAAGCCACCCAGUGCCCCUGGAACUCCAGAAGCCAGUCAGAUCACAAAGGACUCAAUGGUUCUGUCAUGGACCACUCCAGAACACAAUGGUGGAGCUGAUAUUGAAGGCUACCACCUUGAAAAACGUGACAAAGAUAGUGUAAGGUGGACAAAAUGCAACAGACAAAAGCUGACGGACACCCACUUCAAGGUCACAGGUCUGAUGACGGAUCACUUCUAUGAGUACCAUGUUGCUGCUGAAAAUCAGGCUGGAAUAGGUGACCUCAGUGAACUGUCCCUCUCCUACAGAGCAUGUGAUGCUACAACACCCCCUGCGCCUCCACACCAUCCUAAAGUGACAGACUACACUAAGUCGUCUGUGUCUUUGUCAUGGGGAAAACCUGACUUUGAUGGUGGCGCAUACAUCAAGGGCUACAUGGUUGAAAUGAGGGAGUAUGUACCAGUGCCUGAAUCAACAGAGGAGGCAGAAGUAGCACCAGCAGUAGAGGCACCAACUGAAAAAGAAUGGACUAUGUGCACUCCCCCCACUGGUAUUCAAGCCACUAAACUCACUAUCACAGACCUGAAGGAGGGUGGAGAGUACCAGUUCCGUGUCUGUGCUAUCAACUCUGAGGGUGUUGGGGAGGCUGCUAAUGUCCAUGGCACUGUGCUUACAUCUGAUAGAGCGGAAGCACCAGAGAUUGAGCUGGAUGCUGAUCUCAGAAAGGUGGUAUCUGUCCGUGCUGGUGGAACUCUGCGUCUGUUUGUCGCCAUCAGAGGACGGCCUGAACCUGCUGUUAAAUGGGAAAAAGUUGAGGGUACUCUCACAGAGCGUGCUGCAAUUGACACAACCAGUUCAUACACCAUGCUUGUCAUUGACAACGUCAACCGCUUUGACAGUGGGAAAUACUCACUUUCCCUGGAGAACAGCAGUGGUACAAAAUCGGCGUUUGUUGCAGUGAGAAUUUUGGAUACACCAAGCGCACCACAAAGCUUUGGUGUGAAGGAGCUCAAGAAGGAUUCAGUGACUCUUGCCUGGGAUACUCCACUCACUGAUGGUGGAUCUAAAAUCACAAACUACAUUGUAGAGAAGAGAGAGUCUGUCAGGAAGGCCUAUACUACCGUCACCAGCAACUGCACAGCCAACUCAUUUAAGAUUGAAGAGCUACCUGAGGGUGGAACUUUCUACUUCAGAGUCUGUGCUGCUAAUGAAUAUGGCCCAGGACAGAUGGUUGAAACCAAAGAAAUCAAAGUAUCUGAGGUACCUCUGCCACCAAGCAAGGUUACCCUUGUAGAUUUGACAAAGACCAGCGUAUCAUUGGCAUGGAACAAACCUGCCCAUGAUGGUGGAAGCAAGGUGAUGUGCUACAAUGUAGAAUUUAAGCCCAAGAGUGGAGAUAAAUGGGGCACAGCCUGCACAGUCAAGGUGCCUGAAGCAAAUAUUCCUAAUCUGACUCCUAAUGAAGUCUAUUUAUUCAGAGUUGUUGCAAUCAACGAGAAAGGAAAGAGUGAGCCGAAGGAUCUGGGCUUGCCUGUGGUUGCAAAGGAUGUUGCAAUUGAGCCCUCGGUUAACUUACUUUUUACUACAUACAGUGUGAAGGCUGGGGGUGACCUCACUCUUGAGGUUCCUGUAAGAGGCAGGCCAAAGCCUGUUGUAUCCUGGAAGAAAGAUGGUCUUCCUUUAAAACAAACAUCAUCACUCACCAUCUUAAACACUGCAACCUCAUCCAAAAUACUCAUCAAAGAGGCUAGCAGAGAACACGUUGGCAAAUAUGCUAUCACCCUGGCCAACACAGGAGGAACUGUCACAACUGAUAUUGCUGUAGUUGUCCUUGAUAAACCAGGUCCACCCAAAGGUAUUAAGGUAGAUGCUGUGACCUCAGACAGCAUCACACUGUCCUGGUCACCACCAGAUUAUGAUGGUGGCUGCUCCAUCAGUAACUAUAUUGUAGAGAAGAGGGACACAAACACACAAGAAUGGCAAAUGGUUGCAAGUAAUGUUGCCAGAACAAGUUACAAGGCUGGCCGCCUCACACAUGGUGCAGAAUACCAAUUCCGUAUCUAUGCUGUCAACCGUUAUGGAAAGAGUACAUAUCUGGAUUCACCUGGAAUUUCUGCUCAGUAUAACUUCAAACAACCUGGACCUCCUUCCACGCCCAUAGUUAAAUUGGCCACCAAGUCCUGCAUGUUGGUGACCUGGAAUGAGCCAGUCAAUGAUGGUGGAAGUUCUGUUCUGGGCUACCAUCUGGAGAGAAAGGAGCGUUCCAGCAUUCUGUGGACAAAGAUGAACAGAGGAAUGAUUAAAGAUACAGAAUUCAAAGUCAAUGGAAUUGAAGAGGGCAUGAUGUAUGAAUACCAUGUUUAUGCUGAAAAUAUUGCUGGCAUUGGUAAAUGUAGCAAAGCUUGUGAAGCUGUAGCAGCCAGAGAUCCAUGUGAUCCCCCAGGCACACCUGUGGUCACUGCUGUUACCAGAACAUCUGUCUCCCUUUCUUGGGAAAAACCAGGGUAUGAUGGUGGAGCAAAGGUUUCUGGCUACACCAUUGAACGCAGAGAUCUUCCAGAAGGACGCUGGACAAGGUGCAACUUUACCAAUGUGCCAGAGACCCACUAUGAUGUGACAAGCCUAACAGAAAAUAGCCAGUAUGACUUCCGUGUCAUUGCUAAGAAUGCAGCCGGAUUGUUCAGUGAACCAUCUGACAACACUGGUUCCAUCACUGUCAAGGAUGAUGUGGAUCCACCACGCAUCAUGAUGGAUGUAAAGUUUAGAGAGACAGUGUUAGUGAAAGCAGGUGAAACUCUGAAGAUUAAUGCGGACCUUGCCGGGCGUCCUGCUCCUGUCAUCUCCUGGACGAAGGAUGGCAAAGAUAUUGAGUUGAGAGCCAGAAUCCAAGUAGUCUCUACAGAUACCAGCACUUCUGUCAUUGUUAAGGACUGCAUCAGAAGAGAUUCUGGAAAGUAUGCCCUGACUCUACAAAAUAUUGCCGGAAAAGUUACUAUGCCAAUAAACUGUGUAAUUAUUGAUAAGCCCGGACCCUCAGCAGGACCUCUGCAGAUCACAGGUCUCACAGCUGAGCAGUGCACCCUGUCAUGGGGUCCUCCUCAGGAGAUUGGUGGUGCUGAUAUCACACAUUACAUUGUUGAGAAGCGUGAGACCAGUCGCUUGGCAUGGACAUUGGUGAAGGAAGACAUCACAAAAACAUACUUCAAAGUCACAGGACUGCUAAAGGGCAAUGAAUAUGUCUUCAGGGUUUUGGCUGUCAACAAGCAUGGCCGUGGUGAGGCUCUGGAGAGUGAUACUGUAAAGGUCACAGAUCCAUACACUUUUGCCACUGCCCCAGCAAAUGUUGAUGUCACAACCAUAACUGGAGAUUCAAUGACCCUCACCUGGUGCAAGCCAGCCAGUGAUGGAGGCAGCCCCAUUACUGGAUAUGUAAUUGAGCGACGCGAAAAGACAGGAAUGCGUUGGGUCAGAGUGAUCAGAGAUCCAGUUGUUGAAUGUACCAGUGUAGCAACCAAACUGCGCAAGGGUUGUGAGUAUGACUUCAGAGUCUAUGCUGAAAAUGCUGCUGGUCUGAGUCCUCCAAGUGAACCAUCUGCAACAUUCAGAGCAGUUGAUCCUCUGGUCGUUCCCUCAUGCCCAACCAGGCCAAAACCUGUCAGUUCAACCAAGGACACCGUGUCCAUUGUCUGGAAACCACCAACAAAUGAUGGUGGUGCUCCCGUCCUUGGAUACAGUGUUGAAUACAGAGACUACAUCCGCAAACCAGAGCCAGAGGUAGAGGAAGAAGAGGAAGAAUAUGAGGAAGAGGAAGUACUUGAAUCACCUGAAGAACUAGCAAGAUGGGUUGAAGCUAUCCCUCUUACCAAGAGCUUGGAAUUCACAAUCACAGGACUAAAGACUGACACAGAAUACGAAUUCUGUGUCAAGGCACUAAACAAAGUUGGCAGUAGUGUGCGCAGUCCAUAUUCAGGUGCAGUUGUAGCAAUGGACAGAACUGCAGAGCCAUCAUUUGAUGUUGAUAUUGAGAUGCGUAAAGUACUUAGUGUUAAACAUGGCACAGCAUUUACUCUAAAUGUUCCAUUCAAGGGAAAACCUGUGCCAUCAGUGGAAUGGGCCAAGGAGGGUGUUGAUCUUAAAGUCAGAGGAACCAUUGAAUCAACAGAUUCUAGCACUUCCCUGACUAUUGAGAAGUCCAGUAGAAAUGACUCCGGCGAGUACAGUGUCACAAUAGAAUCACCACUGGGAAAAGCAACAUUGCCUGUGGUUGUCAAGGUGCUUGACUCUCCUGGACCCCCUGUCAAUGUUAAAGUGUCAGCAGUUACUAGGGAUUCAGCAACCCUCACUUGGGAAGCUCCAGAGAACGAUGGUGGUGAUGCAGUGAAGGUCUAUCAUGUUGAGAAACGUGAAGCCAGUAAGAAGGCCUGGGUGUCUGUGACCAGCAACUGCCAUGCACUGACUUACAAGGUGGAAAACUUGCAGGAAGGAGCCAUCUAUUACCUGAGAAUUAUUGGAGAAAAUGAGCAUGGAGUCGGUGUUCCUCAGGAGGCCAAGGCUGGAACCAAGAUUACAGAGGCACCAAGUGCACCCAUGAAACUUGGAGUUGCAAAUGUUACCAAGGACAGCAUCACAAUUGCCUGGACAAGACCAGAGUAUGAUGGUGGUAGCAGAGUUACUGGUUACCUUAUUGAUGCUCUGGAGAAAGGACAGACCAAGUGGGUGAAGUGUGCCACUGUGAAGACCAUGACUCACACUAUCAAGAACCUAAGGGAGAAUGCUGAGUACUUCUUCAGAGUGCGAGCUGAGAACCAUGCUGGACUCAGUGAACCCAAAGAGAUGAUCGUACCAGUUAUUGUCAAGGAAAUACAAGAGGCGCCAGAGUUUGACCUGACGAACUACCCGAAGAAUACAGUUUAUGUUAAAGCAGGAUCUGACCUGACCUUUGAGAUUCCUCUCACUGGCAGGCCCAUGCCUAAAGUGACAAUGUCCAAGAACAAUGUUGUCAUCAAGGGAUCAAAGAGGCUGCUGACAGAUGUGACACCAGACAGCUUAAUCAUCACUCUAAAGGAAAGCAUUGCAAGUGAUGCUGGCAAAUAUGAAGUCACUGCCUCAAAUGUGGGAGGUACAACAAAGAUCUCCGUUAUCUUCGUUGUGUUGGCCAGACCCGGCCCUGCUGGUCCAGUUGAGAUCGGAGAAAUUGGCGAGACAACGGUGUGUCUGAAAUGGGCUCCUCCAGAAUAUGAUGGUGGCAGUCCUGUUACUAACUACAUUGUUCUGAAGCGUGAAACCAGCACCCCCACCUGGGCCGAAGUCUCAACUAAUAUUGCCAGAAGUGUGAUCAAGGUGUCUAAGCUGACCAAGGGAGAGGAGUAUCAGUUCAGAAUCAAGGCUCAAAAUCGUUUUGGUGUCAGUGACCACAUUGACAGCAAAUCGAUCAUGAUAAAGCUUCCAUACACCAUCCCUGGACCUCCAUCCACACCUUGGAUCAGCUUUGUAUCGAGGGAGAGCCUGACAAUCUGCUGGAAUGAGCCAGUAAAUGAUGGUGGAAACCCUGUGAUAGGAUAUCAUCUCCAGAUGAAGGAGAGGAGCAGCAUCCUCUGGCAGAAGAUCAAUAAGACAGCGAUCCCAGCAAACCAGUGGCGAGUUACAAACAUCUGCCCUGGCCACAUCUAUGAGUUCAAGGUGACAGCUGAAAAUGCCGCUGGUAUUGGAAAGCUCAGCAAGACCUCUGAGGAGGUGCUUGCUAUUGAUGCCUGCGAGCCUCCAGCAAACAUCCGCAUCACAGAAGUCACCAAGAACUCAGUCAGCUUGGCCUGGCAGAGGCCUCCAUAUGAUGGUGGCAGCAAGAUUACCGGCUACAGUUUGGAGAGAAGGGAAGCCGCCAGUGGAAGAUGGGUGAAAGCCAACUUUACCAAUAUUAUUGAACUGGGUUUCACUGUAUCUGGACUCAAUCAGGAUGAGUCUUAUGAGUUCAGAGUGUAUGCCAGGAAUGCUGUUGGUUCUGUCAGCAACCCAUCUCUGAUUGCUGGCCCAGUCACUUGUGUCGACGCAUGUGGUGCACCAGCCAUUGACCUUCCUCCAGAGUAUCUUGAUGUGGUUCAGUACAAGGCUGGAGUUUCAGUUAAGCUCAAAGUGGGAAUUAUUGCCAAACCUCUGCCAACCAUUGAGUGGCUCAAGAAUGGAAAGGAGCUGGUAGCAACCUCUACUGUGUCUGUGGAAAGUACAACAGACUCUUCUGCUGUUCUGAUCAAGGAUGCAAGUCGCUUCGACUCAGGCUCAUAUGAGGUCAAGAUCAAGAAUGUUCUCGGAUCGGCAUCUGCUACCAUCAGGAUUGAAAUCCUAGACAAACCUGGACCUCCAGCCGGCAACAUUAACUUCAACUCCAUCACAGCAGACAAUAUCAUCUUCAGCUGGGAAUCUGUGCCUAAGUCUGACCAGGGAGGUUCUAAGGUGACCCACUAUAUUGUUGAGAGGCGUGAAACCAGCCGAGUGGUCUGGUCCACUGUGUCAGACAAGCACGAGCAGACAUAUGUCACCGUUGGCAAGCUGGUGCGUGGAAAUGAAUAUGUGUUCCGCGUCAUGGGUGUUAAUAAGUAUGGAGUUGGAGAGUCACUGGAGUCCGAGCCUGUCAUCGCUAAGAAUGCCUUUGUGACUCCUGGCCAGCCUCGUACUCCUGAGGUGAACAUCAUCACCAAGUCCACCAUGGUGGUAGAAUGGGACAAACCAGGUGUAGAUGGAGGCAGCACUGUGACUGGCUACUAUCUGGAGAGACGUGACAAGAAGAGCUUGCGCUGGAUCAGAGUUUACAAAGACCCUGUCACUAAUAUCAAACAGACCGUGUACCACCUGACAGAAGGAAACGAGUACCAGUAUCGGGUCUGUGCCAUUAACAAGGCAGGAGAGGGCCCGUUCUCUGAUGCAUCAGACUACUACAAGGCGGCCGACCCAGUUGAUCCACCAUAUGAGCCUUGCAAGCUGAAGGUGGUGGAUUCCACCAAGACAUCUAUCACCUUGGGCUGGUCCAAGCCAGAAUGGGAUGGUGGCAGUGAGGUCACCAGCUACAUGGUGGAGAAGCUUGUCGAGGGAGAGACAGAAUGGGCUAUGAUUACCUCUAAGGGAGAGGUCAAGACAACAGAGUACACAGUUCAUGAACUAAAACCAGACGUCAACUACUUCUUCAGAGUAUCUGCUGUCAACUGUGCUGGCCGUGGAGAACCUCUGGAAAUGACGGAACCUGUGCAGGCUAAAGAUAUCCUCGAGGAGGCUCAGAUUGACUCAGACGUGGCCAUGAGGACUCACUACAUUGUAAAGGCUGGCAAGGAUGUGGAGCUAUCUGUUCCUCUGAAAGGCCGACCUGCUCCCACUGCUUCAUGGAGCAUGGGAGACGAAUGCAUCGAUCGUAACCCCAAAUAUGAGUUCCACCACUCGGACACAACCACAGUCCUUGUUAUGCGUGAGGUGACCAGGCUUGACACUGGAAAGUACACAGUCAGGUUAGAAAAUGGUGUGGGAGAAGCCAAGACUCUAACCCUGUCUGUGAAAGUCCAGGACACCCCAGCUCAGUGCAAAAACCUGGUGCUGAAGGACGUGACCCGUGGAAAGGUUACUCUCUGCUGGGAGCCUCCACUCCUCGACGGUGGCGCCGAGAUCACAAACUACAUUGUUGAGAAGAGGGACUCCUCCAAGAGAACCUUCUCUGCAGUGACAAGCAAAUGCACAGACACAACAUACACUAUGGAAGAUCUGUCUGAGAAAACAUCCUUCUUCUUCCGUGUGUUAGCAGAGAAUGAGAACGGUGUUGGUGAUCCAUGUGAUACACUUGAGCCUGUGAAGGCCACAGAGACUCCAGGACCAGUCAAGGAGGUCUCUAUGAAGGAUUCAUCAAAGACGUCUGUCACUCUGCAGUGGCUGAAGCCUGAUUACGAUGGUGGCAGCAUCAUCUCGGACUACGUCAUUGAGAUGAAGCUUAAAGGCGAGGAAUGGUCAUCGGGAGGAACCAGCAGACAAUGUGAGUUUGAGGUCAAGAAACUCAAGGAGCACUCAGACAUGUUCUUCAGGGUGGCUGCCAGGAAUGAGAAGGGACAGGGUGAUUUUGUUGAGACUGGACCCAUCAAGGUCAUUGACUACAUCAUCACACCUGAGGCAAGCCUUGCUGAGUACCCAGAUGGCAAAGUCAGUGUUCGCCUGGGUCACAAUGUGCACAUUGAGUUGCCGUACAAAGGUAAACCCAGACCUGCUAUUCUGUGGCUGAAAGACAAUCUGCCGCUGAAGGAGAGUGACCAAGUUCGCUUCAAGAAGACAGAAAACAAAGCCACUCUGAUGAUAAAGAAUGUGAAGAAGGAGAAUGAGGGUAAAUACACCCUGACCCUGGACAAUAAGGUCAACAGGAGAUCCUUCCACAUUCAUGUCAUCACACUUGGACCACCAUCAAAGCCUGUUGGCCCCAUCCGACUGGAUGAAGUGAGAGCUGAGAGCAUCAUGAUCUCCUGGGAUGAAUCCAAUGAUGACGGUGGUGGAGAUAUCAGCUGCUACACUGUGGAGAAGCGUGACACGUCCCAGUCUGACUGGAAGAUGGCUUGCUCCAGUGUAGAAGGUACUCAAUUUAAGCUCUCCAACCUGAUCAAGGGUGUCCAGUAUCAGUUCAGAGUGUGUGCUGAGAACAGAUAUGGAGUCAGUGAGACUCUGAUCUCACAGAUGGUCAUCGCCAAGCACCAGUUCAGGCCUCCAGGCCCACCAGGCAAGCCUGUUGUUUACAACGUCACCAACGAUGGAAUGACCAUCCAGUGGGAGCAGCCCAUCUAUGACGGUGGUACCCCCAUUCAGGGCUUCCAUGUGGAGAAGAAGGAAAAGAACAGCAUCAUGUGGCAAAAGGUGAACACGAUGCUGAUUAAAGAAACCGACUACAGGAUUUUGGAACUCAUUGAAGGCCUUGAGUACUCCUUCAGAGUCUACGCCCAGAAUGAUGCUGGCUUCAGCCGAAUGAGUGAUGAGAGCAAGUCAACCAUGGCUGUCAGUCCUGUUGAUCCUCCUGGUCAGCCCGACUACACUGAUGUGACCAGUGACUCUGUGACACUGAAAUGGGAUGCACCCAAACGUGAUGGUGGUAGCAAAAUUGUCGGUUACAAUAUUGAGAAACGCCAGGGACAUGGUCGCUGGUUCAAGGCCAACUUGACCGACGUACAUGAUUGCCAGUACGCCGUCACUGGGUUGGCGACAAAUGAACGCUACGAGUUCAGAGUCAUCGCCAGAAAUGCCAUUGGUGUUGUCAGUCCUCCUUCCAACUCCUCUGGCUUGAUUGUUGUCAGAAGUGAGAACGCUUCUCCAAAUAUUGAGUUUGGCCCAGAGUACUUUGAGGGUUUGACAGUCAAGGCAGGAGACAACAUCAGGCUGAAGGUCACCAUCACUGGACGUCCAGUCCCCAGGGUCAUCUGGUUCAGAGACGGUGUGCAGGUUACCAAAAAGAUGAUGGACAUUAUCAAUGUAGCUGGAUCCACUACCCUGUUUGUCAGGGAUGCUGACCGCACGCACCGUGGCCUCUACACUGUGGAGGCUACCAAUGGAUCUGGAUGCAGGAAGGAGAAAAUCCUUGUUCAAGUCCAAGACACACCCGGGGAGCCAGUGGGACCCAUUACUUUCAGUAACAUCUCAGAGGGCAGGUGCACUCUGUCCUGGAACCCACCAGAGAACGACGGCUGCUCUGAGAUUUCACAUUACAUCCUUGAGAAACGUGAGACUGCCAAGAUCUCUUGGGCCUUGGUGUCUGAUGAAUGUGAGGAGUGCAUGUUCAAUGCGACCAAGCUCAUCAAGACCAAUGAGUACCAGUUCAGAGUCUCUGCUGUCAACAAGUUUGGAGUAGGCAGACCUUUGGAAUCCAGCCCUGUCAUUGCACAGAUGCAGUACACUGCUCCUGAAGCUCCAGGAACUCCUGAUGCCACUGAGGUGACAGGAGAGAGCAUCACUCUCUCAUGGACACCUCCAACAUCCGAUGGAGGAAACUCCAUUCAGUACUACAUUGUGGAGAAACGAGAAAAGAAGACUGUCCGGUUCUACAAGGUGAUUACCAAGAAGCCCAUUAUUGAAUGUGCUCACAAGGUGCUUCACCUGACAGAGGAUACAGAAUAUGAGUUCCGUGUCAUGGCCGUGAAUGAUGCUGGUGUUGGAGCUCCGAGCAACAUCUCUCUGCCAAUUAAAGCCGCUGAGCCAAAGGAUAUUCCUUGUGCUCCCUCUGUGGUCUGUGUAUCUGACUCCAGCAACACAUCCAUCAGUCUGGAAUGGAGCAGGCCUGCAGAUGAUGGAGGUUUGGAUGUCCUGGGCUACAUUAUUGAGAUGGUGAAGGGAGAAGACACCGAAUGGAAGAGAGCAAAUACAGAGCUGGUGGCAGAAACGAAUUACACAGUGACUGGUCUACAGACAGGAGUUGAUUACAAGUUCCGUGUUGCAGCUGUCAAUCACGUAGGCAGAGGUGACGUUAAGGAGACUCCAGAGCCUACUCAGGCUGUUGACAGGCUGAUGCCACCACAGGUGGAUAUUGACGCCACCUUCAAGCAGACACACAUUGUGAAGGCUGGAGGUUCAGUGUGCCUGGGCAUCAACUUCAGAGGAAAACCCAUCCCCACAGCCACCUGGGUGAGAGAGGAAGGAGAGCUGGGUGUCAUGUCAGAAAUCACCACUACAGACAGCUACAGUUCCCUGACCAUUGAAAACUGCUCGAGAAAUAAUACAGGUAAAUACACUGUUAACCUGGAGAAUGCCAGCGGCAGCAAGGCCAUUACAUUCACUGUAAAGGUGAUGGACACCCCUGGAGCUCCACAGGCUGUUGUCUUCGAGGAGGUAUCCAGAGGCUCAGUCACACUUACAUGGAAGCCUCCUCUCAAUGAUGGUGGAGCUCGAAUCCAUCACUAUAUUGUUGAGAGGCGUGAGGCCAGCCGUCGCACUUGGCAGCAGUCUGGUGGCAAGUGCAAGCAGCACAUCCUGAAGAUCCAGGACCUGCUGGAGGGAGUGCCGUACUUCUUCAGAGUGUCUGCAGAGAACCAGCAUGGUGUUGGUGAAGCAUUUGAACGGACUGAGCCUGUCAUUGCCACUGCAGAGCCAGCGUCUCCAAAGAGAAUGGACAUCCUGGACACCACAGACAGUUCUGUGUCACUGGGCUGGCUGAAACCUGAGCAUGAUGGCGGAAGCCGCAUCCAGUGCUACGUCAUCGAGGCAAAGCCAAAGGGUACAGACAAAUGGGUUGUGGUUGGUAACACCAAGAACCUCACUUAUGUGAUUGAAAAGCUCAACAAGGGCGAUGAGUAUGACUUCCGUGUGAAGGCCAAGAAUGAAGCCGGCUACAGCAAGCCCAGGGAAACUUUGGCUCCUGUGUUGGUCAAAGAGCCUCAUAUUGAACCUGCUGCUGACCUCAGUGAGAUCACCAACCAGCUGAUCACGUGCAGCUCUGGCAGAACCUUCACCAUCGAUGUUCCCAUGAGUGGUAGACCUGCUCCUAAAGUCACCUGGAAGCUGGAGGAAAUGAGGCUGAAGAACUCAGACAGAGUCUCCAUUAAAGUAACAAAGGACCGAACCAGUAUCUCAGUCAAAGAGUCCAUGAGAGGAGAUGGUGGUAAAUACUACCUGACUCUGGAGAAUGUGGCAGGAACCAGGACCUUCACUAUUGAAGUGAAUGUCACCGGUAGACCCAGUCCUCCAACUGGUCCCAUCGAAAUCUCCUCCAUCACCUCUGAGUCCUGCGUCGUUAAUUGGCAACCACCGGAGGAUGAUGGUGGCACUGACAUCACCAACUACAUUGUUGAGAAACGUGAGUCUGGUUCCACAGCCUGGCAGCUCAUCAAUUCCAGUGUGAAACGCACCAGUCUCCAUGUCAGUCACCUGACCAAGUACAUGCAGUACACAUUCAGGGUCUCUGCUGAGAAUAGAUUCGGUGUCAGCAAAUCCACUGAGUCUGAGACCAUUGUCGCAGAGCAUCCUUUCACACCUCCUGGCCCUCCAACAAAGCCUUCAGUCUUCAAUGUCACUGCCAACACAAUGACCAUGAAGUGGGAGGAACCCUACCAUGAUGGUGGCAGCAAAGUGACAGGCUACUGGAUUGAGAAGAAGGAGAGGAACAAUAUCCUGUGGGUGAGGGAGAAUAAGAUCCCUUGCUUUGAGUGUUACUACAAGAUGGAAGGUCUAGUUGAAGGCCUGGAGUACCAGUUCAGGGUUUAUGCCAUGAACAGUGGUGGGCUGAGCAAAGCCAGUGAGGCCUCUAAGGGAGCAGUUGCGCAAAACCCAGUUGAUUCUCCAAGUAAACCAGAGGUCACAAAUGUUACAAGAACCACAGUCUCCCUCAAGUGGUCUGCUCCACUGAACGAUGGUGGCAGUCCCAUUGUGGGCUACAUCAUCGAGCGUAAGCCAUACACUUUGACCGGUGAGGGCCGCUGGCUCAAGUGUAACUACACCAACGUGACCGACAAUUUCUACACUGUUACUGCUCUGGGAGAAGGAGAGCCCUAUGAGUUCAGAGUCAUUGCCAAGAAUGCCAACCAGGUCUUCAGCCGGUCAUCCGAGUCCACUGGAUCUGUGCAGUGCAAGACAGACUUUGAGCCUCCAAAGGCCCAGCUGGACAGCAAACUCUUGUCUGAAACUGUGAUGGUCAGAGCUGGUUCAGACCUGGUUCUGGACGCUGCAGUGGGAGGCAGGCCGGACCCCAAGGCUUCCUGGGCCAAGGGCAACAGGGAGCUGGACUUGUGUGAAAAGUACAACCUGCAGUACACCCCCACAAGGGCCAUGGCUAUAAUCAAAUUCUGUGACAGAGAUGACACUGGAAAGUACAUCCUCACGGUCAGGAACGUGAGUGGAACCAAGACUGCUGAGGUCAACGUCAAAGUGCUCGAUACACCUGGAGUGUGUGAAGGCAGCAUUGAAAUCAGCAAAAUCACACAGGAGUCAUGCACCCUGAGCUGGAAGCAUCCACAAGAGGAUGGCGGUGACGAUGUCUCUCACUACAUUGUGGAGAGACGGGACACCAACAGGCUGACCUGGGUCAUCAUGCAUGCAGAGUGCAAGGAGCUGACCUGUGACAUCACCGGGUUGUUCAAGAACACCGAGUACCUGUUCAGAAUCCGGGGAGUCAACAAGUACGGAGCUGGAAUUCCCCUGCAGUCAGAAGCCAUGGUCGCCAGAAACACGUUCACUGUGCCAACUCCUCCUGGUGGUCCAGAGAUCCUAGUAUCAGGAAAAGACUUUGCCACCAUCGAGUGGCUGAAGCCAGAGAGCGACGGUGGCAGCCCAUUGAUCCACUACCUGGUGGAAAGGCAUGAGAGAAAGAGUGCCCGCUGGGUGAAGGUAAACAGGGAUGGAGCUCACCUAGACACCACACUGAAGGUGUCUGGUUUGACCGAAGGCAACAUCUACCAGUUCAGAGUGACUGCCAUCAACAAGGCUGGAGAAAGUGAAGCCAGCGAGGUUUCUCUGUAUGUCGUCUGCAGAGUGCCAACAUGCACCCCAGCUCCUCCCUCUAUCCCUCGUAUCACUGACACCCACGCUGACAGCAUCAGCUUGGCCUGGUCCCGACCUGUUGAGGACGGAGGAGCUGAUGUGAUCGGCUACAUUCUGGAGAUGCAGGAGGCCGGAGCAGAGGAGUGGAAGAAGGCCCACGAAAAGACCCUUCAUGCUGCUGAGUAUGUGGUGACCGGACUUUCUGCAGGCAAGAAAUACUGCUUCGCAGUGGCUGGCAUCAACAUCAAUGGUACAGGAGACUUUAGUGAACCCUGUGCUGAGACUGAACCAGUGGAGAGAAUUGAAAUUCCUGACUUUGAGCUCCACGACGACCUUAAGAAGACCAUCUGCCUCCGCGCUGGUGGCUCCCUCCGCCUAUUUGUCAGUGUCACUGGUCGUCCCAAUCCUGCCAUCUCUUGGAGCAAGCCAGACGUUGACCUUCACAACAGAGGCUUCAUCGAGGUCACCAAUACGUCCACCACACUCAUCAUCGACAAAGUCCACCGCUACGAUGCGGGCAAGUACACACUGAUAGCCGAGAACUCUGCAGGCAAACAAGAAGUCAACAUCCUGGUCAAGGUCUAUGAUACUCCUGGACCAACUGGACCAAUAAAAAUCAAGGAGCUGAACAAAGAUUCUGCCAGCAUCUCUUGGGAAGCACCAACUGUAGAUGGUGGUGCUCCUGUCAACAACUACAUCAUUGAGAGGCGUGAGGCCUCAAUGAGAGCCUACAAGACGGUGACGUCCAAGUGCAGCAAGACGUCCUAUAAGAUAGAUGGCCUGAUGGAAGGCAUGCUGUACUACUUCCGGGUCCUCCCUGAGAACAUUUAUGGAAUUGGAGAACCCCGCGAGACACCUGACGUCAUCCUGGUUUGCGAGGUGCCUUUGCCACCACACAAGCUGGAGGUAGUCGAUGUCACCAAGAGCACUGUUACCCUGGGAUGGCAGAAGCCUGAGCAUGAUGGUGGCAGCAGACUGAUAGGCUACGUUAUUGAGGCCUGCAAGUUCGGCACCGACAAGUGGAUGAAGGUGGCCACACUGAAGCUCACAGACUUUGAGCACACCAUUGAGAAGCUGAAUGAGCAUGAACAGUAUUUGUUCAGACUCAGAGCAAUCAACAGCAGAGGAGCCAGUGAGCCCAAAGAGCUUCUUACCGCCGUCACUGUGCAGGAACAGAGAGUGAUGCCAGUGGUGGACUUUUCCAGUAUUCCUCAGAAGGUUGUCAAUGUCCUCGCUGGCAAGACUCUGGAGCUGGACCUGCCCCUCAUUGGCAGACCUCCUCCCAUCUGCUCUUGGUACUUGCGGGACAACAAGAUAAAAAUUACUGACCGUGUCAAGAUCAAGAGCACCGGCAAGUUCUCCAAACUCACUGUGUCUGACACCACCAUCGAUGACACUGCUGACUACACCCUCGAGGUGAAGAAUGCAGUGGGCGUCAUCACAGAGGUCAUCAAGGUCAUAAUCCUGUCUAAACCUGAUGAACCAAAGGGACCCAUCAGAUUUGAUGAGAUUGAUGCCACCACCGUCACCUGCAGCUGGGACCCUCCAGUCAGAGAUGGUGGCGCUCCCGUCAGUGGCUACGUGGUAGAGAAGCGUGAUGCUCACAGACCUGGCUGGUUGCCUGUCUGUGACUCUGUUAGCCGACCCACUUUCAAGUUUGAAAACCUGAUUGAGGGAGAUGAGUAUGUCUUCCGUGCAGCUGCCAUGAAUCGUUAUGGCACUGGAGAGUUCCUACAGUCCGACAUUGUCACCUGCAGGAGCUUGAAUGAUGUGCCUGGACCUCCUGGGCGUCCAACAGUUUUUGAUGUUUCUCGUGAUGGCAUGACUGUUGCCUGGAACCCACCAGAAGAAGAUGGUGGCCUUGAGGUUUCUGGAUAUAUCAUAGAGCGCAAAGAAGUCAGGUCUGACAGAUGGGUGCGCGCUAACAAGAACCCCGUCACCAUGACCAGAUACAGGUCAACAGAGCUGAUUGAGGGCCUGGAGUUUGAACACAGAAUCACUGCAAUCAAUGCCAGAGGACUGAGUAAACCAAGUCUGCCAUCCAAACCAGCUGUGGCAACAGAUCCCAUCGAUCCACCUGGUUGUCCACAGAACCCGAGGAUCACUGAUACCACCAAGUCCUCAGUAUCAUUGGCUUGGAGUCCACCUGAUGAUGAGGGAGACGCAAGGGUGAAUGGUUACCUGAUUGAGAUGCAGAAGGUGGGCACUAUGGCCUGGAUCAAGUGCAACACCACCCCAUCUCUGAUCUGUGAAUACACACUGACCAACAUGCCACAAGGAGAGGAGUUCAAAUUCCAUGUGAUGGCCUGUAAUGCCGGUGGCUCUGGAGAGCCUGCUGAAGUGCCUGGAACUGUCACAGUGACCGAGAUGCUUGAAUCUCCUGAUUAUGACUUGGAGCUGAAGUACAAAGAUGUGUAUGUGGUCCGCCAGGGAGGAGUAGUUAGACUCUCUGUGCCCACCAAGGGUAAACCUCAUCCAGUCUGCAAAUGGUUGAAGGAUGCAGGUGCAGUCUCCACGAAGGCCAUGAUUGCCUCCACCGAAGAUGCCAGUGAGCUGGUGAUCAAGGGGGCUGAGAGGAGUGACUCUGGUUUGUAUGACCUCCUGCUGGAGAAUAAGGUCGGCAAAAAGAAGGCCCAAAUCAAGGUGAAGGUCAUUGGGCGCCCAGGUGCUCCAGAGGGACCAAUGGUCUUUGAGGAGAUCCAGGCAAACUCUGUCAAGGUGGCAUGGAAGGUACCCACUGAUGAUGGGAGCUCAGAGAUCUUGGGUUACAUUGUGGAAAGACGUGAGGCAGCCAGAAACGCCUGGUACACCGUGGACUCGAGAGUGACUGACACUCAGCUGGUUGUCAAGGGCCUGAAGGAAGGAACAGAGUACCACUUCAAGGUCACAGCUGAAAACUCCUUCGGUGUUAGUGCCUCCCUAAAGUCAGAGCAGCCAGUGGUGCCUAAUACUCCUCUUUGUCCUCCUGAGUCUUCAAGCACCCCACCAGAGAUCAUGGACGUCACCAAGAGCUCUGUGGCCCUGGCUUGGUCCAGACCAAAGGACGACGGUGGUUCUGCCAUCACUGGCUACUUUGUUGACUACAAGGUGGUGUCUACUGAAACAUGGUCCCGCCACCAGACAAAGAUCACCUCGACCAUGUUUACUCUGCCUGGACUCACCCCUGACUCAGACUACCAGUUCCGCAUUGUUGCUGUGAACGACAUUGGUGAGAGUGAGGCUGGUCCUGUGUCUGACCCAGUCACAUGCAAGGAUCCAUUUGACAAGCCAAGUCAACCAGGUGAGAUUGACACAGUUAAUGUGACAAACAACUUCAUCACCAUACGCUGGCAAGCUCCAGAGUGCGACGGUGGAAAGGAAGUCCUGGGCUACUGGGUGGAGUACAGGAAAUCAAUUGAAAGCACUUGGAAGAAGUCUAACAAGCAAAGGGUGAAGGAAAAGGAGUUCACCAUGCCUGGACUAAAUGAGGCCACCGAGUACGAGUUCAGAGUGUUUGCUGAAAAUGAGACAGGAAUGAGCCGACCCCGAAGGACUACCACAUGCAUCAAGACCAAACUGAGCGUUGAAACUAAGCCAAGCCUGAGGAAGGAAAUGGAUGAAGUAACUGUCAAACUUGGCCAGCCUGCGGUCAUGAAGUGCCAGAUCAUUGGUAGACCUGUUCCUGAAAUCAAAUGGUAUCAUGUCGACAAAGAGAUUGUCGAAUCCCGCAAGUAUGAGAUGAGCUCCGAUGGCCGCAACCACUCCCUGUCAAUAAUGACCAACCAGCAGGACGAUGAGGGACAGUACACCUGUAAGGCCAUCAAUGAUGCCGGAGAUGCUGAGACCACAGGUAUCCUGGAGUUGGAGGCAGCUCCAUCCUUCCAUGCUGACUACCCAUUGAAGGAAACCUACUAUGCUGGCCUGGGAACUACUCUGCGUAUCCAUGCCGUCUACAUCGGCCGCCCAGAGCCAAAGAUCAUGUGGCUGCAUGGAGUAAAGACUCUGGAGAACACAGAAGACAUCAACAUUGAGACAACUGAGCAUUACACACACCUUGUCAUUAAGAAUGUGCAACGCAGAUUACAUGGAGGAAAAUACAGGAUCAGACUGCACAACCACUUUGGCAGGGCUGACACCGCGUUCAAUGUCGAAAUCUAUGACAAACCUGACAUGCCACAGGGUCCCAUUGUCCUGGACGCCCUCCUGAAGAAUUCAGUCAUCAUCAGCUGGAAGCUUCCCAAGGACGAUGGAGGCUGCAUGAUCACCAACUACAUUGUGGAGAAGCGUGAGGACAAGGAGGGAACAGAGUGGGAACUGGUGUCCUCAUCCAUUAAUGGAACAUCUUGCCGUGUCCUUAACCUCAUCGACAGUGCUGGUUACUUCUUCCGUGUGUAUGCCCAGAAUCGCUAUGGCAACAGUGAGCCAUUGGAGCUCACUUCACCUAUUCUUAUCAAGAGCCAAUUGGAGAAACCAUCACCACCUCUGUCGCCAGUUGUGUCGGCAAUUACCAAGGACUCCUGCGUCGUUUCCUGGAAGCCUCCACUCAGCGAUGGUGGCUCCAAGAUCAAGAGCUAUUGCCUUGAGAAGAAGAACAAGAAGGACAAAAAGGAAUGGACCGAAUGGACUCCGGUGACCACAGAUGAGAUCAAACAGACAGUGUUCUCAGUGAAGCGUCUCAAUGAGGGUGUCGAGCACAUCUUCCGUGUGAAGUGCGAGAACGUCGGAGGACAGAGUGACUACAGUGAGGAGACCGCUCCCAUGGUUCCAAUCACGGCUGUCGAGAUCCGUGCUCCAGCCUUCAAGGAGGAGCUGAGGAACAUGAGUGUCAAGUACAAGAGCAAUGCCACCCUUGUCUGCAAGAUCAUAGGACAGCCCAAGCCUGUGAUUAAAUGGUUCAGACGAGGAAAGGAGAUCCAUUCUGAUGGAAAGAAGAUCAAGAUCCAGGAGUUCAAGGGAGGUUACCACCAGCUAGUUAUCACUGAGGCUGAUGACGAAGACUCCACUGUUUACCAGAUCAGAGCCACCAACCAGGGAGGCUCCAUCUGUGCUACAGUCUCUUUGGAUGUUGAAGUCCCUGCCCAGAUCCACCUGCCGAAGAACCUUAAGGACAAAGAAGCCAUCCCUGCCCUGCGUGGAGAGAUGGUUAAUAUCAAGAUUCCUUUCGGUGGCAAACCAGAUCCUGUCAUUACAUGGCAGAAAGGACAAGAUCUCAUCGACAGCAAUGGCCACUACCAGGUCAUUGUAACCAGGUCAUUCACGUCUUUGGUGUUCCCCAAUGGAGUGGAGAAGAAGGAUGCUGGUUUCUACAUUGUGUGUGCCAAAAACAGAUUUGGCAUUGACCAACAGACAGUUGAGCUGGAUGUGGCUGAUGUGCCUGAUCCUCCACGCGGUGUCAAAGCCAGUGACGUCUCCAGAGACUCUGUUACUCUGAACUGGGUGGCACCAGCUAAUGAUGGCGGCAGUAAGGUCAUCAGCUACAUCAUUGAGAAAUGCCCCACCACUGCUGAGAGGUGGGAGCGUGUCGCCCAGUCCCGUGACACUCACUACACUGUGAUCAAUCUGUUUGGAGGAACCAGCUAUCAGUUCAGGGUCAUUGCUGAGAACAAAUUUGGACAGAGUGCUCCAUCUGAGACCAGCGGACCUGUCAUGACUAAAGAGGACAAAUCCAGAGUUCUGCUCUAUGACAGGGAGGUUGACGAUACUGGACGUGUUCCCAGGGGCAAGGUUCAACACUCUGAUGCCAAGAAUCUGCAUAACAAAUAUGCUAUCGCAGAGGAAGUGGGCAGAGGUCAGUUUGGCAUUGUCCACCGCUGUGUUGACAUCAGCACUGAGAAGACAUACAUGGCUAAAUUUGUCAAAGUGAGAGGUGCUGAUCAAGCAAUAGUCAAGAAGGAAAUUGCAACACUGCACUUGGCCAGACACACUAACUUCCUCCUUCUCCAUGAGUCUUUUGACAGCCCAGAGGAUCUAGUGAUGAUCUAUGACUUCAUCUCUGGUGUCGACAUCUUCGAGCGCCUCAGCGCAGCUGACUUUGAGCUUAAUGAGCGGGAGAUCGUUAACUACAUCAAGCAGGUCUGCUCAGCUCUCGAGUUCUUGCAUGCCCAGAGCUAUGGAAACUUUGAUAUCAGACCUGAGAACAUUGUGUACACAACUAGAACCAGCUCUAAUGUAAAGAUCAUCGAGUUAGGCCAGACCAGACACCUAACUCCUGGAGAACAAAUCAAGAUUCAGUAUACCACUGCAGAGUAUGCUGCCCCUGAGAUCCACCAGUGUGACAUGGUCAGCAGUGUCACUGACAUGUGGUCGGUUGGUGUCCUUGCCUAUGUACUCCUCAGUGGACUUAAUCCAUUCACAUCUGAAACCAACCAACAGAUGAUCGACAACAUCUCCAAUGCAGCCUAUAGCUAUGAUGACGAAUCCUUCACACAGGUCAGUGUUGAGGCAUUAGACUUCACAGACCGCCUCAUGACAAAGGAUCGUAAACAUCGUAUGACAGCUGCCGAGGCUCUGGUGCAUCCUUGGCUUGCCAAGCCUGCAGAGGAUAUCAGCACCAGAGCAAUCCCAUCUGGUAGGCAUAAAAGAUAUUACCAAACGAUGGUGAGAAAAGAGUGGAACACUGUUGUCUCUGCAGCUCGUGUUGCCAGUGGGGGCUCCAUCAGGUCCCAGCGUGGAGUCUUUGUCGCCAAGGUGAAGAUUGCUUCAUUUGAACAUGGUCCUGUUGCAGGACAGAUUGGCCAUGCAGUGGUGAAUGAAGGAGACAGUGUGAAAUUCAUCUGCCACAUUGACAACUAUGAUAGCACUACUGAAGUGACAUGGUACUGUGGAGUCAGGCAGCUUGAAGCUGGUGAAAAAUAUGAAAUAGAAUAUGAGGAUGGCCUGGCUGUAAUCACCAUCAACAAGGUCACAAGGGCAGAUGAUGGUACCUACAGAUGCAAGGUUGUUAAUGAGUAUGGUGAAGACAGUGCCUACGCUGAGCUGUUCAUCAACAGUGUUAGAUCGUGCCGCGAGUACUUCACCAGUCGUGUGGUCAAGAGAACAAAGCGCAGAGUUGACACUGCCAGAAUGCUUCAGAAACCACCAGAGUUCACCCUUCCUCUGGUCAAUAGUACAGCCUACAUUGGUGAAAAUGUGCGCUUUAGUGUCACCAUAACUGUUCACCCUGAGCCUCGUGUCAUCUGGCACAAAUCGGGACAGAAACUUAUCCCUGGAAAUGAUGACAGGAAAUAUACCUUCAUCAGUGACAAGGGUCUGUACCAGCUGAUUAUCCACAAACUGGACAAGGAGGAUGAUGCAGAAUAUAGUGUUGUGGCACGUAACAGGUACGGUGAUGACAGCUGCAAGGCUCGUCUUACUGUUGUUCCUCGUCCUAAACCAGCAGAUCUCACCCUGAGGCCCAUGUUCAAACGUCUGCUAGCAAACGUAGAGUGCAGGGAGAGCCAGAACGUACGAUUUGAAAUUAGAGUGUCUGGCCACCCCACACUGAAGUGGGAGAAAGAUGGCACACCUUUGGCCUUUGGACCAUCUAUUGAGGUUGUCCACGAGGGUCUUGAUUACUUCAUCCUUCAUGUGAGAGACACUCUCCCUGAGGACUCUGGCAUAUACAGAGUAACUGCUACCAACUCUGCUGGAUCUGCCAGUUGCCAGGCCACACUCAAAGUGCAGCGUGUCACUCAUGUAAAGAAGGAAUAUGAGACCAGUGAAAAGGAAAAGCAAAAGUUAUCUGGAAAGGAAGAAUUGGACAAAAAGUUGAGGCUUUACCAGAUUAUGUCCGGCACUGUUGUUGCACCUCUACCACCUUUAGCAGUACAAGCUGUCAGGGAGGCAGCCACCAUGUUCAAACCGGCUGUGACAACUAAGAAGGGAGAGAAGACUGAGAUUGAGAUACAGAAAGAACGAGAGGAGAGGAAGAAGCGAGCCGAUGAGAAGAGGCUGCGUAUGCCCUAUGACGUCCCCACUCCUCGUGUCAUUAACCCAGCUGUUCUCGAGGAAGAUGUGGAAAUAAAACACUUCAAGCCACUCUCUGACAUGAAAUGGUACAAGACACUGCGUGAUCAGUAUGAGUUCCCUGAGCCUAUGGAGAAAAUAAGGCACAAGAGGAUGAAGCGUAUUCGCCUCUCCAGGUGGGAACAGUUCUAUGAGGUGCCAAUCAGGAUCAAGGACCAGUAUAAGCCUAAGUGGCGCAUCUCAUCCAUUACUCAGGAUGACUUGGAGACUGUGAGGCCUGCAAGGCAUCGCACUCCUUCCCCUGAGAUGGAGGCAUACCACAGGAUCAGGAGGAGAUCCCUGGGUGACCUGUCCGAUGAGGAACUGCUGCUGCCUGUGAAUGAGUAUCUGUCCAUGAAGAGAAUUGAGGAGGAGAGGCUUCGUCUGGAGGAAGAGCUGGAACUUGGGUACUCUGCUUCUCCACCGAGCUUCAGCCCAGUUCGCUUUGAACUCUCUGCCCUGCGUCCCUCAUCUCCUAGAAGAGUCUACAGUGACGAUGAAGAGGAAGAAGCGGUCCGCAGAUAUGACUCCUACCGAAUUCCAUCUAAAUAUGAGGCUGGUCCAAGUUUUGUUGAGCUUCGCCAGCGUCACGACAAAGCCACACACACACCUCAGAAGCAGAGGGUUUAUGAAGAGAGAGAAGAUCAGGAGCUGCUGCGCCCACACACCACUGCUCAGAGAAUCACAUCAUACAAGAGUGAACUCAAACGCAUGGAGUUUGAGGAGAAGAUGCGAACCUCUAAAAAGGAAACAACUGUCACUGUUGCAAAAGUCUCUGAGAGUGUUGAAUCUGAGCACCUGACAUCCUUUACCUCAGAAUAUAUUCCUAAACCCAUUAAGAAGCUUCCAAUGCCUGAACCUUUGAGGGGAAGAUCUUCCACCCCAGAAAAGGCUGUGAAGACAGACGUCGCCUUUCCUAGAGUUGACUUUGCAUCCAGGUACGAGGAGAGGAAGCGGGCUCUGAGGACAGAGAGAAGAUCAGUGGAGAGGAAGGUUGAGGUUGUGACACAGGCUCCUUUUAGCCUUGACCAUGCUCCACAUAUUACCAUCAGGUUGCGAUCUCAUCGUGUCGCCUAUGGCUCCAACACAAGGUUCACCCUGAACGUCCAGGCCAAACCAGAAUCUGAGGUCAAGUGGUUCCACAAUGGAAAAGAGAUUCAUCAGAGCAGCAAGUACCACAUGACCAAUAUCAGUGGAAUGCUGACCCUCCAGAUCAUCAACUGUGAGACUGAGGAUGCUGGAACUUACCGUAUUGUCUGCAAGAACACCAAAGGAGAGACUUCUGAUUAUGCAACAUUAGAUGUUGCAAAAGCAGAAUAUGUUGUUUUCUCUUCACGCCGCAAAGAUGAGGAGCCUCCAUCCGCCCAUCUGCCUGAAAUGACCAAAACAGAGGAAUAUCACGUCUCCUCCUCUAAAACAACAGAAACCGUGACUGAAACUGUUAAAGAGACCACUACUGUUGUUGAGAAGCCGAGGGAGAAGCCAAGGGAGAAGCCAGGUGCUCCUGCUCAGAUCCUGACCAAACCACAGUCUCUCACUGUGGAGGAGGGGGACCUCGCCAGAUUUGAGUGUGAUGUCGCUGGUGAACCAGCACCUUCUAUCACCUGGAUGCAUGAAGGCACAGUUGUUGGUUCCUCUGCUCGUCACCACAUUGUCUCCACCCAGUACAACUCCUCCUUCGAGAUCUCUUCCGUUGAGGUGUCGGAUGAAGGCAGCUACACUCUCCUGGUGGAAAAUGCUGGAGGCAGACAAGAGGCUCAUUUCACUCUAUCGAUCCGUAAAUCUGAUUCCAAGGAAAAAGUUGUUGCCCCUACUAGAAUCACCUCUCCAGAGGCUAAGUCACCUCUUCCCAAGUCCCCUGAACCAGUCAAAUCUCCUAAGAGAGUCAAGUCCCCUGAGCCAAUCAAGUCACCUCAGAGAAUCAAGUCUCCAGUCUCACCGAAAUCCCCAACACCAAAGUCCCCAACACCAAAGUCCCCAACACCAAAGUCCCCAACACCAAAGUCCCCAACUCCAAAAUCCCCAACUCCAUCAGAAAAGAGCGAGCAGGGAAUCACCAUGGGUCAGGCUCAAACUCAGCAAGGCCUGGUCAGCUGUCAGUUUGAUACCGCUGUCACAGCCAAGCGCUCGGGCGCUCCUCGGUUUGUGGUGCAGCCCAAGUCCCAGAAUGUGAACGAGGGACAAAAUGUGAAAUUGAUGUGUGAAAUCGAAGGAGAACCUUCACCUGAAGUGGAGUGGUUGAAAGACAAUGUGAUGAUUUCUGUCACAUCAAACAUUCGACUGAGUCGCUCUAAACACGUCAACGCUCUGGAGAUUUGUGAAGCCACAGUUGCAGACAGUGGGAAAUACACAAUAAAAGCCAGGAAUCAGUUUGGACAGUGCUCUGCAACAUCGUCACUCAACGUCUUCACCCUUGUUGAAGAGCCAACAACAAUGAUUAUCACGGAGCAAAGAGAUUUUACUGGCACUGCUGCUGGCGUGCAGAAAACAUUCUCUGCCUCGUCCGUUCACAUGGAGGAGGCAGACGUGCAGACGAGCACCUACAGCAGCGACUCCCGCUCUUCUGCUGCCCAGAGUUCAUUUAAGAGCAUGUCUGAGGCUAGCAUGUCUGAGGCUAGCAUGUCUGAGACUAGCAUGUCUGCCAUGAUGGCUAAGUCAAUGGUUUCCAUGAGCUCCAGCAGCCAAAUGAUGGAAAUGUCUAUUCAGUCGCAUGUGAAGGCCUCGUCCUCACUGAGCGCCCAAACCACAGGGGUCAAACGAGGUUUGCCAGCAAAGAUCGAAGCUCUUCCACAGGAAGUCAGUGCCGAGGUGGGGAAGUCCCUGACAAUAGCGGGGGUGUUCUCCGGAGAACCCGCCCCCUCUGUGCAGUGGGUCCGCUCUGGUCGUCCCCUCCCCAGCGGAGACGGGCGGUACCACGUGGAGAACACUGGCGACCUCUCCACCCUCAUGAUCUCUGCGGUGAAGGAGGGCGACAGCGGAGCGUACACCCUCCGACUGUCCAACGAGCUCGGCUCCGACUCGGCAACUGUCAAUGUUCUCAUUCGGUCCAUGUAAAAAAAAAGUGAAUUUACUGCCCCCGUUUCCCUGAUCCAGAUUUUUUUAUUUAGUGAAUUAGCAACGAUAACCGACUUGAUAAAGAUCUGGAUUUUCUUCUUGUAAAUAUGAACUAUUUUUGUACCAAACUUGACAUUAAUUUAUGCCAAACUAGACUAAAGUCUAAAGUUGUUAUAAAAUGUGCCAUAUUGGAUAACUAUGACUUAGGAUUUGUGAACCACUUUUCUGUGACAUGUACAUAAUGUAUAUAGCCGAAUUUAACGGUUAUGGGAAAUGUAUGCAUUGUUAUUUAUGACAAUAAUAUUAACCGAAACAAAAUGAAACUAAAUGUGGUUUAACAGGAGAAAGUUUCAUGAGAAACGAAUACCCUGUGAAACUGAGAAACUAAACUGUGCCUCAACGAUAAGUUGAAGUCUUAAGUUUGCCUCAGCAGGUAGAGAGGCUCCCUGUUGACGAUCGGAAACCAGAAACAGAAAGACUAAGUUAUUGUUCUGGACACGUGUCGGUGCCUGUUACAGUUUCCUAUGAGAUGUACCAUGAGCAUAAGACCCUGAGCGCUGUUUGCGUUACCCUCAUGUAAGCAGCGUGAACCGGCCUUGUGCUCAGACCGACUGUGUCGUACCACCAUGAUUUGAUGACCUGCUCAGAGUGCGAGCGGCCUGCACUCCCAGCGUUUAGAUCAUUUUAUUUAAGAGCGCUGCGUCUGGCACAGGACGGCCGGAUCGGCUUUUUAAAACAUCUCCUGGCCAUGAACGUACAGAAGGUCGACGCCGGCUCUGCUGUACAGACGCAGCGCCGUCUCCUGGAGGAUAGUUAAUGUGUUAGUGUGUUUGAGUGCGAGUGUUUUUAGCUUUUAGUCAUUUCACCUUGUCAGUAGUCAGGGUCGUCGUCUUCACCACAUUGUUUCCAUCUCCUGUGGACGAAAGAAGAGAACGGUUGUGUUUCACCCUGAACUUUGAUUUAAUUGAUCUGUUGAUGUAGAACUAUAUUUCGUCCUCCUUGAGUUUGAUGCAUUACUGAUUUAAUAAAGCAUGAUUUCAGCACAACA